AUGGUUAUUAUUGCAGGUCUUGGUGAGCUAGCCAAGAAAGAAAGAAAGAAAGAAAAGAAAGAAAGAAAGAAAGAAAGAAAGAAAGAAAGGUAAGGUUGUCAUCUUGAAAAGCUCUUAUCCCCAAACCUAUGGGAAGCUGCAGCACCAAAACAUUGGGGGAAAGCCCCACUGCACACAUUUAUACACCAAAAAUACUGUGAAAACCCCCAGUGUGUAGCAGAUACUUUGGAAUAUGAUCAUGCUGUCCUUUUUACCACACUGUAUGUCUUUUAAGCCAAGGGUGUGGCUGCUGCAAGUGUGGAUUUUUGACUGACUUUUUGCAAGCUAUGUGACAUGCAACUGCCAUGUGAGAUGCAAAAAUCUAUUCAUGCUCACUUGAGCACAUGACAUCAGCACUCACAUGACUUGCUCCAUGUGUGGCUGUACAGCUAAGGGUUGACCUGGGAACAUCUACUGCCAGACACUGAAAAAGAACUGCAAUGAAGAGGCUAUUCAUUUCUUACUCAUAUGCAUUCGCCAUUCAGGAGGAUGAAGAGUGAUACACUCUUUCAGUGCAUGUGUAUAUUAUGCCAGGGUGACUGUGAGGAAAGGAUAGUCCCAUUCAAGGCAAGAGCACACAUUGUUUUGUAGCCAUGUCUGUGAAGCAUCCUAGUGACAUUCAUGCUUAACCUGACCCCAUGGGAUAUCUGGAGGUAGGCUAUAAGCUGCCCCUUUGCCUUCUACUUGACUGGGGUGUUUGUGUUUCUGAACAAUAACAACCAUGCUGGUCGUUUGAAUCAUGUCCGUGUAUAGCUAGUUGAGCCUAACUGGUAUGGUUACUGGUGGGAGUAGGAAACAGCUCAGGAUAGGUGAUAUAUGUGUCUGAUCCUUCUUUACCAGUAUAUCCACUGCUAACUGCAGGAUAUGUGGUGGGUAGGGGAUUUGCACACCCUUUUCUCUUUCCUUUCCCACCAACCAACCACACCUACUGGGAGUAAGGUAGACCCUUCACAUGUAACUACUUUGUUGCCAGACACCUCACCGUAUUGCAAGUACUUCAGGUUCUCUGGCUGAUUUCAUAGAUGGCUCUCACUGCAAGGCUAUUUGGGAGGUGGGUUUCUGGCAGGAAUGAUGUCCUCACAGAGGUGAAAUUUGAAGGACAUGCUCCUGUAGCAUGCCAGUUACUGGAAUAAAAGGAGUAAGAGAUAACAGAAGUGGAUGCUUUAUAUAUAGGCAUUUGCCACUGGUAUAAGAACACUCAGCAUUAACCAAUGAACACAAAGUUCAAACAUUCCAACUGGCAUGGAGUUAUAUCCAGAAAUAGAUUUUAUCUACCUUUGACAGAUACCCAAAGGGGCUUUCUUUCUUUCCGACACAGUUUGGCCACACUCAUGUAGCUUGUUGUGCCAUUGAUUUGAGAUGAGCAUAAUGUGUAUGUGUUGAAGGAAAUAAAAUGAGGAUAAAACAAACCUUUGACAAUCUCUUUUUCUCCCCCCCUGCUCCUUUGGGAGCUGAUCCUUGACCUUUUGAAUGCUGUCUUUUGUAAAAACCUGAUAGGCAACUUGAAAAGGAACUAAAGUGCCAGUCAUGGAGACACAGAAGGUUAAAAUUCUGUUCAGAACCAAGUGGCACUGCUGGGUUGACUCACAUGGAUCUCCUUUGCUAGGCUAUUCUUAUUCCUUUCUCUCCACUGCCCUCCACACCUGGAUUUUGGCAGACAUGUUGCCAAGAACAUGCUCUAACUGCCCUUUAAAGACAAUAAAAUGAUUAUCGACAGAAAAAAGUUAAUGGGAUUAUGCCCUAGUCAGUUAAACCCAGCAAUUAGUUUUAGCAAGAUCAACAGUUCCACAUAGCUUGCUUUAAACUGUUUUUACUGCUGUAUUUAUAUUGCUGUAACCCUCCCUGGGACCUGGGAAAGGAAGUUAAUAAAUCUAAUAAUAAUAAUAGAACACCUGGGGAUCAGAUUCAAGGGAACAUCAAAAAAAGUUCAGUCCCAACAGAAAGCCAACGUUCGCCAUGGUCUCAGAUACUUCAGAGAGUAGGAAAGUCUGGAAAUGAGACAUGUCUGCAUCCCUCAUUCAGUACUUCACAGCAGCCAGCAUUUCAGGAAAGAACAAGCUAAGACAUACAUAACAUAACUGGGGAGUGUGGAGAAAUACCUCUUUUACUUACUGUAGGAUUGGGAAACUGUGGACCUCCAAAUGUUGUUGGACUCUGUCAGCUCCAGCAAGCAUGGCCAAUGAUCAGGGGUGAUGGGAGCUGUAGCUCAACAAAAUUUGAAGGAUCACAAGUCCCAGCCAUGGGAAUCCUUAGCAAAAGGUGACCAGAAGGUCAGGAGUCUGUGAUAAGGCCAAGAAGUGACUAUCUGGGGUGAGCUGCAUCCAAAAUGAGAGGCAUUAUAGCUUCUGAAUCCCAUUUGCUGGAAACUGCAGGAGAGGAGAGUGUACUUGUGCACUGGUUGGCCACUGUGAGAACAGGUAGCUGGACUAGAUGGGCCAUUGGUCUGGUCCAGCAGAAUCUUCUUGUGUUCACUACAAUGCGUUAUCCUAGAGACCCUUUCACUUUUUCCCAUAUAAGUGGGAAGUCUUGAUGCUUCAUGAUAAUGGGAAUCUUGUUAAUAGUGCAUUAAGAAGAAAUGUUAAAAUGAGGCAAAUGCUGUUAUCAAUAGGGAUUAUUAUAGUAAUACUAAUUCAGUGAUGCUGACAUUUUAGUGGCUGGACAACAUUAAGUGUUUGAGAGAACCGGGGAAGGUAAAUUACCUUCUGAUCCUAUUAUGUGAUUUGUCAAUACUGUCUCUCAAUGAUUAGCAUUUAGUUUUCUUUAAUUAAGGAAACCAAUGUGGAGGACAGUUCUGAAAAAAAUAGAUCACAAACACUGUUAAAAAGUUUGCAGAUUACAGACAACUUUAGCCUGCCCUCCUUGAUCCACAAGUCUAAGCUUUGGACAUUGUGUCUGUAUUUAAGUGAGCACAUAAACCCAAUGGUUCAAAGGACAGACAUCUCUGCUUGCCAACCACCAGUUUUUCACUCUUAUUAUAAUUAUCACCACUCCCAGGGUCAUGUGCAGCAUUAAUCUAAAUUGCCUUGUCAUUGGCAGCUAAUGCAAUCUGAUUUGUAUUGCUUGCAAGUUUAUGCUCUUAUCCUUAUGGGUCUGCUGUACAGCUAUCAAGAAAAGCUUUCCAGGAAAGCACAUGCAGAAGCCAGCCCUCUGGACACUCUGUGCACCUCCUGAAAGGCAAGGAACCUGGAUAACCUUAGAUGAUCAGAUUGAUUGCCCUCCCUGCUUUUCCCAUCAGUCAUUUCUUACCCGAUUAUGCAGCCAGAGAGGGGUGGGGAGGGAGGGAGAGAGAUGCAUUUAUCAUUCUGAAACAUGAAGAAGAAGAAAAAUCAGUUGAGUAUCUGCCUGGGGCCACAUAAGUCUCCAAGUUCUCUUUCUUGCCAAUGUGCUGAAACAUUGUUGCACCCGACAAUGGAGGUCGUCAGGGCAGACAAUAGGAAACAUGAGUAAGCAGUUUCACUCCUUACCUUCACGUUGUGUGUGUCACUGUGUUUACAAGGCUAAAUGAUAACGUGGAUAAACAAUGAAUUCUGAAUUCAGCAAGACAGCCAACUUCCCAAGGCAGCUGAUAUCUUCCUACUUGAAUGGUAAUUUCCUAACUUAUUUAACUGUCAGGAAUUUGAGCUAACUGUGCUGUUCCACCACCUGCUUCUUGUUGCUGGGUGUAAUUCCCAGAAAUGAAAUGACCGGGCUCUUCCUAGAACAAAGAAGCCAUCUGUCAAUCACCUUUCUUGCAUUAGAUGCAUGAAAAGUGAUCAUCAGGUAUAUAUAUGCACAUGGGUCUAUAGAGCGGAUUCCCCAACUUUGGGAUAUAGAGGGAAAUGUAAACAGUGAGGUCAGAUGGAAAGAAACGGGUGUUUGUGUGGAAUACACCCUGUGACUAUUCUGUUAACAGCUUAAAUGUUUGCAAAAUAAGCACAGUGGUUUUCUAUCCCCCCCCCCAAGGUGCUAAUUACAUUAGCAAUGCUAGGAUAUCUGCGCUAUCAUCAAUUACUGCUGUUGUGAAUGGUCACUGUGCUUAUUUUGCCCAGAGGAGAGAAAUGAAGCCUAUGUAAUCAUUCUAAUAGAUCCAGAGGAAAUACUUGUAACAUUUAAAAUGAACACAAGGUCACAAACCGCAUCUUCACCACAGAAUAUAGAAGACACUGAGGGUGUCGUUUUAAACUACUGCCAGCUGAAGCACAGUCCCUCCUUUUUUCCAUUUGUCAUAAACCCAUACAUGGCCUUAACUUGCCCUCUGACUUAACAGGGUCCAACAAUUACAGCAUAGGAAAAAGAACAUUUGCUGUUUAAAUAUGUUUAAGGAACAGUGACCUCCAUCUCACAGGUUGGUCAAUCAUUUGAUUUCAUUGCAGGGUAAUAUAUGGAACUGUCUUGUGCUGAGUUAAAUCACUGGACCAUCUAGCCUGGUACUGUCUAUCAUUGGCAGCUGGUAACAUUUUGGACUUGGUAGGGCUGUCAUUUUUAUCACUGCUAUCACAAUAGGACUUGUACAGCACUGAUUUCGGAAAGUGUGUCAUUACACAUAUGCAUAGUGAUGGCGCUUUGCACAUGUAUGGACAGAGGAAGAGUUAGCAUGUAAGAGGGUCCAAUUGUGAUUUCCUGACCAGAUUGACCCCAUACCUCUUAUUUUGAAAUUAAGCCCUGCCACAUGACAUAAGUUUUAGAAUUCAUAUAUUGCUUUAUACCUACAUAUCCAAGGCUAAAAAACUAAACAAACACACACAUUUAAAAGGUAAAAAAAGCAUGCUUCCAGAUUUCCUCCCCCAAAAUACAUAAAUUUAACUUUUUAUUAUCCAAAACACUUUUUUCUCUAAAUUAAAAGAACAAAGAAUUCUAUGGAAUUCACAGUCUAACAAACUAAAACACAAUACAUAAGAAAUAAAAGCAGUGAUUAAGAGACAAUUACAAAGUGUGCUGUUUCUAGCACAAUGCACAACAAUUGCUACAAUAGGCGAAAGAACAAGAAUUACGUAAGUGAUCCAGCAGGACCCUCAGCAAUUUUCAAGUGGUUGGUGGUGGUGGGAGGAGGAAUUUGGGAACUGUUUCUAUCAUAUAUUUGUUAGUCUUCGAAGUAAAGUGAAGUUUUUGCCACCAGUGACUAACUCAGCUACCCAUCUUGUUACCACCCAAAUAAGUGUACCCAAAUAAUUCUGUGCAACUCAGUGGCUUCCUACAUUGUGAAUGCUUAGUUGGCCUAAUGAAAUCAUCACUUUCCUUUUACUUGUUCUUUCUUCUUUGUUGCAUGUGAAUCACAUGACUACCAGGACUUUAGCACUGCUUUGUAUGAAAGGACACCAUUCCCUGGAAAAGUAGCUCUUAGGUCUGACUCAUUUCAAUAGUGUCAGAAGGAUGUCUCGGCAGAUUGUACCUGAGUGAUCUGAAAGAGCUUGUGAACAUAAAUCAACUUUCCAAAGCAAAAUUAUCAUUCGCACCUAGAUCACACAUUUCUGCUUUCUGUGGGAACAUGUGCAGCGCUACUGGAGGAAAUUUUAGGAAAUCUUUAGAGGGAAUGACUCUAGCAGUGAUACUUGAAAUGGUUCACAGUUCACACCUAUGUUUCUCUGCCCCACCCACCUGCCCUGAGAAAUAGCUGGUUUGUAAAUGCACACAAAAAGUUCAAAAGUGCAAGAGGAUCAUGUUUUCAGCAAGCGUUUGUUUUUUUUUCUCCUUUGGAUGCAAGGACAAUGGAAUAGAAACCCGGACAAAUCUGUCUCUUUUUUGGCCAUGAAAUCCUAGUACCAUGUUAUGCUUCACUUCCUGCUUGUGGAUAUUUAAAAGGCACCAUUGCACAAAGCCCAUGGGCUUGGCAAUAGCUAAUCUCUUUAAAGGAGCAGAUGGCCAGUGCCCAAAUUACGUUUUUUAUUAUUAUUUUUCUGAUCCCUGGAACAACUCAUGUCUAAAGUUUGGUUAUGAAAGGAUCCAAAUACCAAUUUCCAUUUGACGGUUACUCCUAAACUCUAACUGCCCCUUUUUGCUUUCAAGAUUCUUUUAGCAAUUGUGGUUUUAAGUGGGUCUUUUUGCCAUGGACUAACACAGAUUACAGUGGUACCUCAGGUUACAUACGCUUCAGGUUACAGAUUCCACUAACCCAGAAAUAGUGCUUCAGGUUAAGAACUUUGCUUCAGGAUGAGAACAGAAAUCAUGCUCUGGCGGCAUGGCGGCAGCAGGAGGCCCCAUUAGCUAAAGUGGUGCUUCAGGUUAAGAACAGUUUCAGGUUAAGAACGGACCUCCGGAACGAAUUAAGUACUUAACCCGAGGUACCACUGUACUCACCUACUGGGAUAUAGGAUCUCAGCCAUAUAAGAAACAGGAAAAGGUGGAAGUGAUGUUACUGUGUCCUGAGAUGGUACUGCUUUGUAAUGCAGGUGGAGAUGUUUGUGUCUUGUUGAUCUGUACAACUCCAGUAUUUGUGUAUACAGGUGCAAACACUGCACACCCAUGGAAUGUAACACGUAAACACCCAAAUGCUCAUUCCUGACUUCCCAAACCCAUAGGUUAGCAAGUUAGGAUUGUUCACAUCUGAACCUGCUCUGUAGGAAGAUCAGAUGCCGAGCCUUAUACUGAGUCAGUCCAAUGGCUUGUCUGUCACAGUACUACCAGCCCUGAGUGACAGAUUUUCUCUGGAGCCUGCGACAGAAAUGUUUCACAGCCCUACUACCUCAGAGGCUUGGGAUUGAAUUUGCAGCUUUUUAAACACAAGCUGGGGAUUGAACUUGCAGCUUCCUAUAUUCAAAGCUGACUUGCUGCUGGGGCCCCUCCCCUGUGGAGCUCUGACCUCUCCCAGUCUCAGUGAAGAAAUCCAGUUGGGAAUCAUUAAUCCAAAAACAGCUCUGCUGUAAAACCCAGAUACUUUGGGCUUAAACAGAAAAAAGAGUUAUAGUCAGAAGUGAGCUACUUUUAUGAGUAUGGGGGAAAGAGGGGGACAAGCAACCCAAAAGAGUCAGAAUCCUAUGACUUUGGUGUAAAAUGGAAUUCAGUUUUAACAUAGCAGCUGUUGGAAUCCAUGUGUGUGAAGGCAUUUCAUUAUACAGAACAGUCGAUAACAUUCUUACGUAUAAAAUAUUUCAGCUGGCGGGGGGGGGGGGGAGCAAAGUAGGAGACUUACAUGGACCAUCAAACCCUGCCAGUGAAUUCCAAAACUGCUGAGAACAAAGCACACUUCACUGGGGACCUGCUGGUUGCUAUCGUCGACUGAGCCACUUACGGCAGGAAUCUAAAUAAAUAUAUGGAACUCGGCCGUUCCUUUCUGUGAAAUGUCUUGGCUGCAGCGUGUGCAGGUCAAUUUCGGCAGUGUGCUCCUGCUACCUUGCUGUUUCAGUAAUGCAAAGCAACUGUAAAUCUGCCCUAAUUGGGUCAAUGGCUGUUUUGCACCACUGGAGCAGCCUAGAAAGGCCUGGGCAUUCUCUAAAUCCUGACCAUACAUCUACCACAUCUUGACAUGGUUCUUUUGGCUGCCAAGUGUUUAAACAGAUAAAUUCCUACCUCCCCCUCCCCCCCGGGGUUGUUGCCUUUUUAAAGAAAAAUGUACAAUGGGUUAGUAAAAUAGCAGCCAUUUCUGUUUCUUUCAGUGCUGAAUACUCCUCUCCUCUUGGCAUCAGACCCUUUUUCAAAGCUAUACAUACAUACCUAUUCGACUUGAUUGAAACAAAACUGCUCAGCUUGAACUUUCGGUUUCAAAGCUCUGCCUUGAAUGGUGCAUUGCUAGAAGGUAACUGCUUUCACUGUUUAGAGCUGAUGAUGAAUAAGCUGCACCAUUGUUCACUUUCAUUAUAAACACACACACAAAAGACCACAUAGAACAGAGAAACAGUCUAUUUUCUAACAUCAAACAAUGUGACUCAAUACAAGAUUGCCUAAAUGUUUCACGAGGUAUCAAAGCUAAAGUCAGCUUGUUAAGCUACUGAUGGGUGAAUAAAACAUCAUUUUCCUUUUCUAAUUAUCUGACAGGAGAGAGGUUUCUGGGCAAUGUUUUCAGAUGUAUUUGUUAUUUGCGGAACCAUUUGUUUUCCUUUGGUUAUGUACUCAUCGGGGGCACAGUCCAACAAGAUGGUCCCCAAUUUCAAUGAACAGGAGAUGCACGGUGUUCAAUUCAACAGCAUUUGCAUAGACAAUGUGCUGCAGGAUUUCUCAGUUGCUCAUUCUAUUCACACAAAGAAUAAGAAGAGGCCUGCUGGAUGAGACCAAAUGCCCAUCUAGUGUAUGGUUACCAGGUUUUUUUCAAUGAAUCCGGGAUAUCAGGGGACCCUUUUUUUUUUUUUUUUGGAAGCUGAGUAGCAACAGGGAGUCAGUAGUGGGGAUGGUGAGGCAAAAGAUCCUAGGCCCAAGCACACAUUCAUAUUGUACGAAGGUGCAAAGCCCUUCUUUCACACCCUGUGAAACAUAAAUGCGCAGAGUUUUUUUAAAAAUUGGGCAACGGCGGGCCACCCACCCAUGAUUCCUGAGCCUUCCCUGAUCUCCUUCCCCUUUUGUUUUGACAAAUCAGAGGAGGCUUGGGAGUCACGGGCGGGUGGCCGUUGCCCAGGAGGGGCCAAUCUGGAAGUGCAGUUAGCUCUGGCUGGCUUCAGGUACUGCUUGCUGCUGUGGCACAGGUAAAAUGGCAGGCACCAUGGCAGCGAGUGGUGAGCAGCUCCUGAAGCCAGCCAGAACCAACUGUGCUACCAGGCUGGCUCCAGGCUGCUGAGUCUGCCGCUGCCACAUUUCCUGGGGACAGAUUUGCAAAUCUGGGGACAUUCUGGGGACGGAAUUUGUCCAGGGACAGAUAUGCAAAUCCAGGGACUGUCCCCGGAAACCGGGGACGUCUGGUAACCUUAAUCUAGUACAGCAUCGGUGACAAAACAGUUGCCCAUGGGAAGCCCAUGAGCAGGAGACAAGUGUACCUGCAUUCUCCCCACUUGUGAUUCCUAGCAACUGGUCUUCAGAGGCAGGCUGCCUCUGAUCCCCAAGGUAAUAGGCAGCCACCAUCCCUAGUAGUCACUGAUAGCCUGAUCCUCCAUAAAUUCAUCUAAGCCCCAUUUAAAGCCAGCCAAUUGAUGGCCAUCAUGGCAUCUUGUAAUUCUAUAGUUUCCUUAUGCACUGUUUAAAUACAUAUUUUCUUUUGUCUGUCCUGCUCUCCCAACACGCAGCCUCAUUAGAUGACCCCUGGCUUCUAAUACUAUAUAAGAGGGAGAAAAACUUACCUAUAUCCACUUUUUCCACACCAUACAUAAUGCUGGACACCUCUCUCAUAUCCCCACUUGCCCAUCUUUUUUCCUAAACUAAAAUGUCACAAAUGGUGCAACCUUUCCCCACAGAGCAGCUGUUUCAGUGCCAUAAUGAUUUUGCAUGCCCUUUUCUGAACCUUUUCCAGCUCAACAGUAUCCUUUUUAAGAUGCAAUGGUCAGGCCUGUACACAAUAUGCCAAGCGCACACCAUAAUUUGUAUAAUGGCAUUAUUAUAUUGGCAGUUUUAUUUUUAAUCCCUUUCCUAAUGGUACCUAAUAUGGAAUUCACCUUUUUCAAAGCUGCUGCACACUCAGUUGACAUUUUCAUUGAACCCAUCAUGACCCCAAGAUUUCUUUUCUGGUCAGUCACUGCCUGUUCACACCCUGUAAAUGCCCAUGUUAAGAUUUAUUUAUUUUUGUCCCAGUGUGCAUCACUCAGAUUGCUUGCUUCACUUGCCGACACUGAAUCUCAUUUGCCAUCUUGAUGCCUAUUCGCCCAGUUGGGAAAGAUCCUUUCAUGGCUCCUGGAAAUAUCUUUUUGUUCUUAUCACCCUGAACAAUUUAUCAGCAAUCAUGGCCACUUCACUACUCACCCCCUAGCUCCAGAGCAUUUAUGAAUAAGAUAAAUAGCACAGGCCCCAGUUCUGAUCUUUGGGGGACUCCACUUCUUACAUUCUUCUUUUGUGAGAACUGUCCAUUUAUUGUUAUUAUCCAUUUCUUUCAACAGUUAUUGUUCCAUAAAAGGUGCCACCUUCUUACCUCAUGACCGAUUUUUAGUGCAACUGUCCAUAGCUGUCAACUUUUCCCUUUUCUUGCGAGGAAUCCUAUUCGGAAUAAGCGAAUUUCCCUUAAAAAAUGGGAAAUGUUGACAGCUAUGGACCUGUCUUGGCAAAAAUCAAGUGAAGGCAAUCUAAGUCAUGUUUUGGUCUGCCAUCUUGAAUCAAAAUGGCACCCUGCAUCAAAACAUCAAUGAAGUCUGUCACCCCCACCCCAUGAACCCUCAUUUAAUGUUUGGUGACGAUAUAUUGAGAGGCAGCUAAAGCCAUGCCCCAAAAUGGGUGGUCACACCAAAGUCAUCUAGAUUCAAAAUGGAACCUGGUACCCAAAUGCCAAACAUCCUUGCUUGUUGGUUCACAUGAUGGAAAGAGGCCUUGGUAACCCCUCCUCCCAAGGUAAGGAGUGUGACCUAGCUAAGCUUGGCAGGACACCUUACUCUAUGGUCUUAACCCCUUCAUGCAUUAAUUAGUCUUAAGCAUGUUGGCUAUAUGACGCUGAUUUAUCCCAUGAUCUCAAGAGGUGGCUGAACCUAUAGAAAGCAAAUGAACAAACCAUUUCCCAAAAUAUAUCGUAGAUCCAUACAUGUCUGACAUCUGACAUCAUGUAUGGUGUCAGAUGUGGGGCAGGUGGCUUUGGUUUCAGGGGAACAGCCUCAUGGGGCAAAUUGGGUCCCAUGCUAGGUCUAUUUUGUCCUCCGUGGGCUGGAGGUUCCCUACACUAAAGCAUCACAUGCAAGCCCUGACCAGGUUAGAACAGCAUUCAGAAUCAUUUCCCCCUACUACCUGGGAAGAAGCUUGUGUAACUACUAAGUAGAUGAGUUAUUUUUUCCCCUAUUUAAAAGGAAGAAAGAUGGCAUUCCUCUUUAAUUCCCUGUCUUUUAUGUUGUACAAAUAACUAGCAUUUAUGGGUUACCAUGCUAUUCAAAAAGGCUUCGUCUUCUACCAUUCAGCUCUCAUGCAAGCCAUCUAUUCUUCCCACCCUUGCUUUGGCACGCACAUCCCUUCUUAGAAACGGUUUCUUAAAUAAAGCACAAUCCCUGGCAGACUGUUUAGGAAUGACUCUUGUGAGAAAGGCUAUGUGAAAAGAUAAUGUGUGAGUGGAAGCGGUAUCUUUGUGGUGAAUUCAUCUGCUGAAACAACUUGAUUAAAUGCAGAUUUUUAUCAAAGUAAUCCAAGACCUUGUUCUUAAACAUCUAUUAUUCCAUUCCAUCACAGAUGUGUGCAUAAUGGCUCUAUUUUUUCCCCCAAGAAAGGUUACUCUAUUCACAGCAAGAUAUAUAGCUGAAUACCCUUAAUUAGGAGAUGUGUCUUUUUUUAACGCCCACAAUCACCUUUUCCACUCAGAGUGGGAAUUGCCCUGUCUUGUAAUAUGUGAAUGACAGUCUAAAGAGAAGUUAACUUUAAACAAGGAGACAACGCAAAUAAAAUAAAAUAAAAGUUCAGAAAAAUAAAAGUUCUGGAGUUCCUUUUCUCCUAUGCCAAUGUAUAAAUGCUUUGAAUCAAAAUUUUAGAUCUUCAUUGAUUAUAUGCUAUCUUUGUUAUGCUUCCCCUGCCUUACUUUUGUGUCCCUAAGUUCUAGGUUCUUAGAUGUAUGAAUCACUUUACACAGUGUAGCCACAACUACACCGUGGCCUGCAACACCUUAUAUCACUCCUUCAUUCUCACCAUUACUCCCAGUGACUUCCUCUUUACAGUAACACACCACCACCCACUCCCCAGCCUUUCUGUUAAUUCCACACAAUUACCCUUGUUGUGAGCCAAGAGCUUCUCCUUGUACAUUUGUACACUUACACACUUGGUCAGUAAGAUGGGUGUCCACCAGGGAGUAGUCCUUCUCUAUGGUUUCCCCUUGGCUGUUGACCCCCACUGAACAUGUGCCAAAUCUCUUUGAGGGUUUUUUCCUACAAUCAAACGGUAUAUACAUUUUAUGAAAUAAAUAAAACAAAUUUUUAUGCUGCCAGCUUUUUCGAGGGCCUUGAAAACUUACUUUUUUUUAACUGGCCUUCCAGACUUGAUGUUCAUUAGCUGGAAGACACUCUGCCACAAUUAUGUACUUUCUGAUUAUGUAAAAGUUUUACUAUUACUAUUAUAAUUUUAUUUUGUACUAUUUUAAAAUUUUGAAUUAUUUUUAUAUUAUAUUUUUAUUUUAAGAUGCUUUUAACAUGCACUUGCCUGGAAAAGCAGUGUUAAAAUAUCUUAAAUAAAAAUAAUAAAGGGUGUCAUUAAAGCAUUCUGGAUAAAUAAAUGAAGUGCCUGAUUUUGUCAGUGGAAUGUUAUUGUGAAUAUGGUGCUGGCCGACUAGCGGUGACACACUGUCAAUGGUGGCAUCACAGCAAAUAGACCCCACCCCAGAAUCAGCUUCAGCUAUGGCAAAGUUAUUGCAUAUAAUGGGUGGGGCUAGCUGACCAAAUCUUCUGGUUCCGUCAAAAGGCUGCUGUUCUCCAGGUGCAGCAGAAAAGGGUUGGGGAAGCUAAGGUUGGCACCCAUUUUAGCUUAGUGUGGCUUUUAUUGACAAUUACCCAGGAGUAACAAUGGACAAGGUGUUUAUUUGAGGAACCAUGAAAACAGAUUGAUAUUUAAUUGCAGUAUGUAAUGAAUGUGAUUAGAAGGAGUAAUCUGUUAAACCCGUUCCCACCCUGUCCAUCUCCUCUACUCUCCACCCUCUUCCUCUUCCAACUCCCCUCUACUCUCCACCUGCUUUCUCUUGACAUAAAAAUCCUAACACCUCCCCAAUUGUCAUGCUAUGCUCCUUUCAACUCUCUCUCCCACUUAGUAUUCCCCAGCCCAAGUAGUUUCCUUCCUCCUCUCCUCCAAAAACAAAUUCCAAAUGUGGUUCACCACAGAGCUGUAUGAAUGGCAGGCUUUAUUAUUUAUUGUUAGAUAUGCCUAAAAUGAUGCAACGAUCCCUAUGAGAAGAGCAUUAAAAUAACUAUUUUUAUGUAUAUGAGACCUACAAUUCACCUAAUACAGCUAGUGCAAUUUUAUAUACAAAAGGCUCGUAAAAGAUGAAGUGCAAAACUAUAGAUCUUGACUAGCUCAAACACUGCAAGAAGCAAAUUAUUUUGCUUCAAAUUAUCUGCCUGCUAUGCUAUACUAUCUGGCAGGCAGAACUUUCAUGUGAGUUUUUAAAUAAGAGAAUCUGCUUCCCUUUAUCUCAGACUAUUAUCUGUGGUGUAUCUAGGGCACUAGUGACAAUGGCAGAUAAGCUUUACUGUAGUUACACUGAAUUUAUCAAACAAGACAAAGCCAAUGUCUAGGGCUGCAAUUUUUUUCCAUGCUAAAUUGCUCUUUUCACCGUAGAAUCUUGCAUAAUUCACAGGACAUUGUCCAAAUCAUAGAAAUUUCACAUCCCAGUGUAAAGUAUUUAUUGUGAUGGGGGAAAGGGUUUCUGACAAUUUAAAAGGAAUUUGUGACAGCUGUCAACAAGGCAGCACAUAUGAUGUGUCAGACUUGCGAAAAGAAUAUUAUUAUUUUAAAAAGAUAAUGUGUUGUAACAAAGAUGCUCCCUUCAACUCCUCUGAUAAGCCCCCUCACCUGUGCGCUUUUUAAGGGGUAUGCUGAGACAAAUACAAUACCUACAUAUAAAUUUGCUGAACACAUUAAGAGUCUGAGUUACAACUGGCUAUAUACACUCAAUAGAUUAUCACUUUGCAGAUGACAUAGUGAAAGCAUGGGGUGUAGUCAGAUCUUGCAUGCGAAAUGAAAAUGCAUUUGGAUAUCUGAAGAGAGCCUAGGCAAAUUCAUCGGAUGAUCUGAAGGGUGUGCUGAUUACCUGGCUUGUGGGAGUAGCUGGGUGUAGGGAUGCCAAAAAAGAAUGUCAAAAACGCCAGAUUGAUCAGCUCUAGUGCUUUAUUAAAGAAAGGUGCAGUUUUACAGCAAAUCACCUUGCUAGAUCUCCCAGCCUUUACAGACACGGAACAGACACCGCAGCAAGAAGAUGGCUUGUCCACAUCCAAGCAAACAUUCAUAAAUUAUUUUUACACAAAGCAGCAUACGUCGCUUUGGCCAGGACUUCCCAUCACUUCACCUGACCAGAUGAGGACAUAGGUGGCAAAUACCCAAACUUGCAGAUAGUGCCCCUUUCUGGGCUCAGAACCCAGCACCCUAAGCUAAGGAUAACAUCAAAGGUAGCUAAUUAGUUUAUAUCAAAGCGAGUGAAUAUAAACAUAUAUGAGCUCAUUGCUUCCUACCAAUUAAUUGUGGGGUUAUCUUGACUACCAAGACGGUGUCUGCAGAGCUUCCAAAACAGUUCACCUUUGGUUCAACACAAUAGGUGGCAGUAGCAGUGUAUGUGAUGGAGUGGAGCCGACACUGGCAUCCCUAAGGUUUAUCUGGAUGGGGCAGGGUGGCAGCAAGAUUGUAGCUUCGUGGGGGCACUGGGGUGAGUGUUAGGUUGGCUCAACCAGCGCACCUGCACAGCCCUGAAUUUGCCACCCUGGCCCACCCCAGCCCUAUCAGCUGAUGUUGAGAGGGCAGCUCUGCCCCAGCACAUGGACCACUCCAGUCCUGGAGAGGGAACGUCACACAACUCAAAUAUGUAAAGUAAGUUCUUGUAGCUUUGGAUGCCAUUCUUUUCUCUCAAAAAUGUUUACUUAUAUUGGACAGAAAGCAAUCUUUGAAUCAGAUUGAGAAAGGCCCUCAGGGUCUCAGAUUCUCCAUCAUCUUAGACUUUCUAAGUAGUGGGACAUGGCGAGCUGGUUUCCUAAUGCAACGUUAAGACAAACUAAUUAAUAAUGCAAACCAAUGCAUAUUUACCUGUAGAUAAACUGUGGGUCUAGUCCCCCUGUCCACAAUAUACAAACACUGAACAUCUGAAAAGCUCUUAUGUCAAUUGAGCAAAAAUGUUUAUAUAUCUAGACCUAAAUCUCUUCAGCAUCUGAGUGAUUUACCCAUGCUGAAGAUAUACAUUCUGAGUAGAAAGCUUGACUCCCAGGCCCAGCACUGCUCCUUCUCUGUCCCUAGCUGUAAGUGCGAAAAGAGUAUUCUAUAAAACUGAAGCCCAGCAUAUUCCUAAGAGCAGAAGAAAAACCCUGCUGGAUCAAGUCGAAAUCCCAUACAGUCCAGCAUCUUCUCACAUUUGACCAACCAGAUGCCAGUGAGAAGCCUCAACCAUGACCUGAGUACAAAGGGGAAGCAAUUCCCUGAUUGUAAAAGGGAAGCAUCUAAAUAUAGCAAAGGAAGUGGCUAUGAAGGUUACGGACACCUUCUUUAUAGAACUCCAGGAAUUACUGUUGAUUCUAAAAUGCAGAUUUUAAGUCUACCCUGACGUCACAUCUGCUUUCAGAGAUGACCACAUGUAACACAUUGUUCCCCAUAAGGAAACUCCAAUGUGUGAGCUCCUGCUCAUGUGUAGGUGCUCCCUGCAGUUGGGACACCACCAGCACAACCAGGUGUCCCAGCUGUAUAGUACUUCUGCACAGGAACAGGAGAUCACAUAAUCAGGUCUCCAUACAGCAACCAGGUGCAAUAUGCAGUUGUUGCAAGAAGACAGCAUUAUGUGGGCAGUCAUCUUAUUCUCCAUGCAUUUCCUCAGGAAGAGUUUGAGUGAGGGUAGAGCCUCGCAUGUACACUGGUGGCCUCCAUUCAGUGCUCUCCUGCACUCCCACUCAACACCACUUCAGCCCCACCCAGGUAAACAGGAGUGAUGCCAGUGUCAGGAGGGCAGCUCUGCAACCCCAUUGCACCACAUGCACAGCUACAGUCAGGUGUGCUCAGUCUGGACCCAAAUAUAGGGGCAUAACACUUGACGCUUAGUAUAACUUGCGGCUAACUUGACAAAUGGACCACAGCUUUCCACCUCCGUAGCUAGAAUCCAAAGGUGCCAGACAAAGCUUCAAAGCGACGUGAUAUUUUGGAAGGUUAUUUUCUCACACUUUGGGGAUUAAUUUGGAGCAAGAGAAUUCCAGGCACAUGUUGUUCAUGCAAUAGCAUUUAGAAAGGGCUAGAGCAACUCUCAAUUGCGUCAAAAUUGGUCAAAGUACAGUCAGCUACCUUGUGAGCUUUUAUCUGCCUCGGGUAAUGUCAGGCUGAUCAACUGCUGUGUGCAUUUUGUAGCCUUGAUUGCUGCUGAGAGAAAACUUUGCAGAAGUUCAAAACAAAACUUUUUUAUUUUUUAAAAAAAUAAGGAAAAGAAAAAAAUCUUAAAACAAAAACCUUAACAUUUUUAAGUGGGGGGCAGAUUCUGAUUUUAUGAGGUGGAGACGUGAAAAAUUGAGUUUAAGAAGAUCCUGUACAAUUUUAUACCUGGAAGCUCUGGUUUGUAUCCAAUAGUGGCUUACCUAUCAAGUCAUGUUAGGGCAUCUCUUUUUAUGCCAUUCUUUGCUAUACACAUAAGCCCCUAGCUUCUCCAAAAAGCUGCUCUAGAGGAUGGGUAGACCCUCCAGAACAGAAUGGGCGUUGCUCAGCUAAAGCUCUUUUUGCCAAGGCAAAGACACUCUAUGUACCUAUGUACAGUAGUACCUCGGGUUACAUACGUUUCAGGUUACAUACGCUUCAGGACUCCGCUAACCCAGAAAUAGUACCUCGGGUUAAGAACUUUGCUUCAGGAUGAGAACAGAAAUCGUGCUCCAGUGGCGUGGCAGCAGCAGGAGGCCCCAUUAGCUAAAGUGGUGCUUCAGGUUAUGAACAAUUUCAGGUUAAGAACUGACCUCCGGAACGAAUUAAGUACUUAACCCGAGGUACCACUGUAGAGCUCUUCCAGCUCAGGGGGAGCCCCGAUUGGGCUAAGAGGCAUGGCCACAGCACACAGUGUUGGCGGUGUGACUAGGCCACGCAACCUCAUGGAAACCUCCACACAUUCUUUCAAAACAUGGGGUGAUCCUCCAAACAUCUCCAUUAAUUUCAGAACACUCAGGUUUGUGAUGGGGUUGCAAAAAGCAGAUGUGACGUAAUUAGAAAGAGAACCACCAUCACUGGUUAUGUAUGCGAUUCACAAGACCUUGAGAUAAUUACUGCCACUCUGCAGCUGACUGGAACUAAUGACUGGCACAGAUGAUACCUGCCCCAGCAGUAGCCCAUCCCUGGAGAUGCCAUUCAUAAUGGCUUCCCUUUCAGUUGAUGAGGCAGUGCUGUGUGCCAGAUUACUUAGGAUUCAAUUCUUGCUAUACAGAUAUGUUUGCCAUUCCCCCAUUCCAAAGCAGUGUUUUUAAUUAACUUGCUGAAAGUUGGUGCUAAUGAAAAUUGACAGGGAGAGAGAUUUAUUCCAGACACAGGAUGGGUACGUUGAGUUCUAAUCUUAACUCUGAUAUUGACUUCAUUUCAACUCAUUUAGCCCAAGGUGGAUAAAAAUCACCUGGGUUUCUUGGUUAAUUGAUUUUUGAAGAAAAAUUAAUCAGAUUUUUUAAAAAUUGCUUAACUUCAGUUAUAGUGUGUCUUGCAAGUAACUUGUUUUAAAUGCAUAUCUCAAUGUGAUAUAAACAAAACAUAUUCAAGUCUACAUUCCUGACCUCUUCAGCUGAAUCCAUGAGGCUCUAUCAAAUGCAAUGUCUCAAUCCACACAUAGUCCCAAGCCAUGAUUAAGGAAGCUUAACUACUGUUUCCCCUUCAUGGAUCACUGCCUUGUCAUCGUGAAGGGGCUUGAAUAACUCAGAGAAGCUAUGAGCUAUGCUGUGCAGGGCCACCCAAGAUGGACAGGUCAUAGUGGAGAGUUUUGACCAAACGUGAUCCACCUGGAGAAGGAACUGGCAAACCAGUAUUUUGCCAAGAAAACUCCAUGGACAUAAAAAAGGAGAAGCUUUGAGAAGAAAGUGAGAGUUUCAAAGGCAUGCUCUGGUUUAUGGGGUCACGGAGAGUCGAACACGACUAAGACGACUAAACAACAACAGCAACAAACUACUGUUCGGUGCAGAAGUGACUAUUCAAGAAAUGACUAUCACCCUCCUGGUAGUGGCAUUGCUGUUGCUUACCAGGAUAAUGAGGGGGCUGAACAGGGUAUGGUGAAGUUGAGAUUGUGUGGAUGCCCUGGCAGGGCCAAUCCAGCACCGUUCCCAGUGCAUCCACAUAGUCCUGGUCUCACCACCAUUCUGCUCCUCCACAGUCCCACUAAGCUGGCUAGACCUACCAUGCCAGCCACUCCUGUUUGGUGAGAUUCUGAACUGAUAAACCAUGACAUGAUCAGCCAACAAAUCAUAAUUGAAAAUCAAGAUUUGAAAUGCAUCUGCAAACCAUGGUUUGUACUAACUAUGGCUCCAUCUGUGCUAUACCUGUAAAGCAGUAUCAUAUCACUUCAACAGUCAUGACUUUCCCCACAGUAUCCUGGUAAGUGUAGUUUAUGGGUGCUAAGAGCUGUUAGGAGACACACACCCUCAUAGGGCUACAUUUCUAGAGUUCCCUGGGAAUAGGGAUUGAUGGUUAAAUGUAUGGUGUAGGUGGGGCCUGCAAUUUGGCAGAAUGAUUGACAUCUAUUAAUAUCAGAUCUUGCUCCUUCUAUAGAGACUGGAGUGCUGAGUAAUCAGAAAAUCAAAACACAACAACAGUUCUAAAUCAUAGUUUACAUGAUUGUUUGGAAGGUCAAAACUGAUUGUUUGGAAGGUCAAAACUAAACUAUGGUUAGGCAUGAAUGAUGGGUUUAGCAUUGGGUCUGAAUUAUACUACUAAGCUAAAGACUGCUUGUCUUUGUAAAAACAUGUAAAGAAACAAAAAUGUUUGGUUCCUUGAAAUGAGCAUUAUCACACAAUAGAGUGUUUUUUGUUUUUUAUUGACAAUGAAUUAUUACAUUUAUUAUCGGCAUCCAUAUUAAUAUUUAGCAAACAUUGCCUCCAGUUCCUCCAGCACCUUCCCUUCCUCAUCCCUGGUGAUUCCCAAUCCAUGUUUGAAAUGCACUUCUUUUUUAUUUGAGAUUCAUGACUACUCAAAAGUCUCAUUGAGACCAACAGGACUUACUCCCAGGUAUGUGGGUAUAGACUUCAAUCUAAGAUUAUCAUCAAUUUGUUUUUAACGUUUGAUUUUAUUGGUAUUUUAAUGACUAUUUUAUAUUGUCUUAUGCAAACUACUUAGAGGUUUCUGUCACUGAAGCAGUUAUAUGAAUCUUCUAAAAUAAUAAAUCAAUGAAUCAUAUCUAUAGCACUUUGUGACUGUCAGCAAAUGCUUUCAAGAAAUUUUCUCAGUAACAAGAAUUUUGUGAAGUAGGUUGUUGAUUCCAAACUAAAACCAUAAAUGAGUGAAACUUGAUUGCUGUUACCUGGAUAGUCAGUGCCGGAUUUAUGUAUAAGCUAAACAAGCUGUAGCUUAGGGCCACACUCUCUUGGGGGGGCCCAAAAAAAAAUAAUGGAAAAAAACUGGAUGUACAUUUCCAAAAUAUAAGAUAAAAAACAAAAAACAACCUACAUACAGCAACAGUGUUUUGUGUUGUGUAGGCUCCUAUGAUGUAAGUAAUGGGGAUAUAUAGCACAUACUCAACACAAAAAACAGUGGCAAUUUGUUGUUGACAAAGGACAGCUGGACAUAGAAAGGACCCCAUUACCUUCAGUAGCUUAGGGCCUCAUCAAACCUAAAUCCAGCCCUGUGGAUAGUUUAUCACUGAACAAAGAACUGAAACUAAGUCUUGCACAUCCCCAUGGUAUUAUUAUAUAGUACACUGCAUCCACUUGCAGCUGUUGCCCAAAAUAUUUGAGGAAGAACAAUAUCAGUCAUUUCAACCAUCUCAAAAGUGACCAAGUACUUAUAUAAAACAUCCAAAUCCAUGAGACAGUCAAAAGAAAAAUGUGACAUGAAAGAAGCAGGUUAUACAUCCAACUUUUUUGUCCAAAUAGUAUUUGAGGAAAGAUGCAGAGUUGUCUGGACAACCUCAUGAUUCAUCUCCAUUGCCAUCUCUUAGAGAAAUGAGCCAUCUUGGCUCAUUAACUCAUAAAUGAUCCCAUUUUAUAUAAUUGUGAUGACCCACUGACCUGUAGCCUAGCCACUCAGAUAAAGACACAAUGUAGUGAUGACAGAUGAUUUUAAUCCCAUUUUCUGCCUUCUCGACAGGAUUUAUGUAAGUAUUCCUGGCCUGUUUUCCAUGCUAUAUUUAAAGCAAUUAAUAUUUCAAUCCAUCUAAUAAGCCUGUGUACUAAAGCACACCAGGUUUUCAUAUGUCCAUAUAUUGUCAGGUAGCCAAAGAUAGAUACAUAAUUGAAAGGUGUGUGGGGAGUCUCAUGUUCUCCUGAUUCUUUGAGUGCAAAAAUGUUGAAUUAAUAUCCCACUCUUCUGAAUAUGUAUUUCUCAGAGUUCCAAAUCAGGGAUGCUGGUGUGUUUAGGUAUUUGGGGUGUGGGAGAACAGAGUGGGGAAAUAUGUGGUAUAGCAGCUAGAUUGCUGAACUAUGAUCUGGGAGACGAGCUCUGCACUCAACCAUUAAGUCCACUGGGUGACCUGGGACCAGGGACCGUCUCUCAGCGUAACCAUCUUCACAGGAUUGCAAUAAGAAUAAAAAGAAAAGUUUGUGUGUAUAGCACCAUGUGCUCCUUGGAGAAAACAUGGGAUAUAAAUGUAAUAACAAAUUAAAGAUGAAUCAAUAUGUGGUUCCUUGCUUUAGGGGCCUUCAGGUAAAAAAAAGUAUAUAAAUAAACUAUAACAUAAUGCAUACCAACUUACCCAGACGUAAGUCCCCUUGAAUUCAGUAGGACUUACUUCUGAGUGACAUGUAUAGGAUUGGACUUUUGUGGACUAGGUUUAUGCAGGGCUAGAUUAACCAUUAAGCAAAAUAAGCACGUGCUUAGGGCAUCAAGGGAAGAGGGGCACCACAUAAAUUUUUCAUUGGCGGAUUUUUAACAUUAAUGAUCACAAAAUAGCUCAGCUGAGUGUUCAUUUCCUCAAUUGAAGUAUGUUUAAAAAUUCCCAACUGAACAACUAUGCAACAAGGCAGGCUGGAUUCCUUACCUCUACUAAGUAUGGAAGCAGAUGUGUUACAUAAGAUUAGCUUUGAGGAUCUGAUCAAAGACUUUGCAAUUAGAAAAAGUAGAAGUCUUUUUCAAAUACAUUUAAAUAAAGUGGAAGUAUUCAAAAAUAAACAUUAUUAUCAAUCUUACUGUAGGUUUUGUUUCAUUUCAGGCGGGAAUCAUUUUGCAGUUUAUUAUUUCUCAUAUUUUGAAUUAGAUAUAUAUGGGGGCACCAACAUAUUUUACAUGCUUGCGGCCUUUAAAGUUCUUAAUCCGGCCCUGGCUUUUGGAUAGGAUUAUGUUUUUGUGGACUGACCACAUAGGGUGUUAUCCUCUGCACAGUUGGCACAAACACAAAGGCACACAGGGGAAGGAGAGAGAGAGAGAGAGAGAGAGAGAGAGAGAGAGAGAGGAGGACUAAAAGGUCAGGAAAUGCAGGACUAUGUGACACUUCUAUGCAAAGCACAAAUAUAUACAAGGUAAAUACAGUAACUAUUCACAACACAGUAAUGGGAGAUAACCCAAUCUUCCUAGGUAAGGAAGGAGAUAAAGUGUUAAUUAAAUGCAAUUAGCCACUUCCUGAUUAACAAUGGGCUUUGAGGUAAGUGGUGAAGAAGCUUCAUCAACUUGUUUGUUCUGCUUUCAAUGGAGUCCAAUAGCACCUUGGAUGAGUAGAAUCCAGCAUUUAAAUACGCAAAUGGCAUCAGGUACCAGAAAAGUAUGUAAUUAUAAAGGUAAAGGGACCCGUGACCUUUAGGUCCAGUCGCAGAUGACUCUGGGGUUGCGGUGCUCAUCUCGCAACUGCAAAAUCUGAAUCACUGCAGAUACUUAUUCUUCUACAAGGAAAUACUUCCACAUCUAAUAACCACCAGUGUUGAUUCUUCUUUGUGUAACUAGCUAAGACCAUUGCACUAUAAAUUCCAACUGGAGCAAAAGCAAAAUUCUUCUGCUGCUUGAAGUUCAUCAGACAUUUUCAACUCUUCAGAUGCAAUUAUUUUCCGAUGAACAAAUUACAUGGAUUUAGUAUCCUGCCACGUUUUCUAGAGUUUGCAUAAAGAAUGUGCUAGGCUUUGUGCAUUUCUGCGUUGGUGCUGUUGGAUAAAAAUAGAAACUGCUGAAUUAAAGUGGACACGUUAUACAUUAUAUUUUGAACUAAUAAACUGGUUCUCAGAUACAAAAUACACACCAAGGGUACCGGUAAUAAAUAUGUAACCUGUACCCAACUAGGCAUUUUAAGCAGCUUGCAGAAUUCUGAAAAAGACAAUAAAAAAAUCAAAACACAUUACAUAUUAAAAAUUAAAAAGUGAAUAGACGCAACAGCAAAGCAUAAUAAAAAGCAGCAACAAACUAAAAACCAGCGGGGCAGGGGCUGUUGCUGAACUACAACUUUCAGCAUCCUUGAUUAUUCAUAGAAUCAUAGAAUUGCAGAGUUGGGGGGACACUAAGGAUCAUCUAGUCCCACACCCUGCAAUGCCAGAAUCUCACCUAAAGCUGUAGUCAGGUCUGAAGGGUUCCCCAUACCUGGCCAAAGGGAAAAGGAAAACCUUAGCAAAGAUAAACCCUUAGUUUAUUAACUCACUGCUCAGUAAUUGGCUGCUUUAUUUCUGACCCCAGUUACAAAAUCUGUUGGAACCUAUUGUGCUUCUGGUAAAAUAAUUGAGGGUGCAGCUGGGUCCAUAUCCUUUCUCCGUGAGUGAAUGAAUAAAAUGGAAAGGAGAUGGAAGUUCUUCUCUAGCUCAGAUUGCAAUCUAAGCAGGAAAAGAAUUAUGGGAUUGGAGGUGAGCACUGAUGAAACAGCAGGGGGACUUAAGGGGUUAAUUCUGAGCAUUACCCAGACAUGGCACCACUACUGCAGCAAAGGGCCUGCCCCAAACAUUCAGAUGCAGAUCAUCCACCUGCACUUUCUCUGUCAUUUAAAAAAACCACAAACCCACAAAAACCUUUACUCAGCAGUAUUAUCUGAAACUUUCCAAUGCUUGGAAUUAAGGAACAUAUUCCACUGAGGUCAGUAAUAGGAUUGUGUGUUUUUUUAAGACUAAGUGAGGUCUCCUUGCAUAGUACACUCAUGUAUAACUUUUGAUUCUUGCCUCCCCCAAAUAAAUACAAUUUCGAGCAAGAAAGAAUUAGUGCCCAACACACGAGUGUAUUCCCCCCGCCCCAGAUGAAUCCUGCAAUUUAUAGACAUGGACAUCAUUCAUCAAUGAUGCUCUUUGCUUGUAUUUUAUAGUCAGGAAUCAGUUCCUGCCUGCUGAAUGUAACCCAUGAAGCAGCCUUAAGUGUGACAUGUAAUUUAGUGCAAUUUAUCAAACAGAGUUUGGCUGACAGUCAAUUACCACCACACCGAGUUUGCCUUAUAAACAGAGACUAGAUCUUACAUAGGUUUGAUUUCUAGAAUUAAACCCUUGCAGCUAUAGUCAGGGAGAUUUUUCAAGUUUUUCAAGUUUUGAGGCUAUUUGAGGGAGAUUUGUUUGCUAGAGUUUUUAUGUUUUUGACCUGCUGAAUCCAAAUUUGUCUGUAUCUAAGCAACACACUUUAGUUUUGACCCUGAAACCAAGGAUGACAGCAGCCAAGAUGGUUGAUGCCAAUUGUUUUUCAUCAUAACUAUGCCCUUACAGCUAAAAGUUUAACCAUUUUUGAUGAAAUUUUGAGUGCAAGCCCUAACAUUUAUCCCAAACUUUGUAGAAGCCUAGGUUAAAGAUUUACAAAAAGGUAGCCAACUGCAUUUUAUUUUUGGCAGCAAUGCAAAAUAAUUGUUAAAAGAACUAUUCUUGUCAUUGAGUGUUAAAUGAUGCAUCAUUUCGAAUAUAAACCAGCCGUUUUUGACACUGCAAGGCUAAGGAAAUGGAAAUUUAAACAUCCAAAAUAGCUUCCAAUAGUGCCACGUCUGAAAUAUAUGUGCCAUUUAGUGAUCAGAACAACUAUUAAGGAUUUUAAACAACAGAAAUAAUUUUUGAUAUUAACUUACAACAACACUUCUCAUUAUUUGUAUACCUGCUUUUAUACAUUGUAUUAAUCUUUUUGUUGUUCAGCCCAACAUCUUUAUAUUUCCAUGGCCUUUUGACAGAAUCUAAACCAGCCAGAGGAAAAACUGGAAUGCACAUAAAGUGGGGGCCAAAAUGGUGAAGACUGUACUUCACAAGAAUAUAAUAAAAGCCUGCUGGUUCAGGCCAGCAGCCCAUCUAGUCCAAUAUCCUGUUCUCACACCGGCCAGACGCCUGUGGGAAACCCGUGGGGACACAAGUGUAUCAGACACAGAGCACUGGUUUUUCCUUCAAUAAAACAUGUCAUUCUAAACAUAUGAGUGCAGUGCAUCCCCAUUGUGGAUAAGCUGACUCUCCACUUUGGGGCUGUGGGACUCAUAGGUCAGAGAGCUCCUUAUACUACUACCAAAAAUAGUGUCCCAGGACACAGUAUUUGCACAUAUCAUAGCAUAUGUGCAAAUAUCUGCUACAAUCCUGUGCAGAAUUAUGUUCAAAUAAGACACACUGGACAGAUGCUUAUAUCUCAGUGAACAUGCAUAGGACUGGGCUGAAUUUUAUAUAAGGACUGGCCCUGUGGCAUGCACAGCCCUGUCUUCCCCUGGGGACUCAGAAGGAACAGCUGGGGAAGCUGCUGCCUUGGCUUACCUAAUGGCAGGGCCAUCUCCAAUCUCCCAUAUAUAUAUAUAUAUAUAUAUAUAUAUAUAUAUAUAUAUAUAAUCUUGCAGUACAAGAAUAUAAUAAGCACAUUUUUCUCAUUGCCAUUUUUAAAAACAACUGAAUCAUUCCAGCAAUCGUUUCCCAGUUACAAAAUGUACCUCAUUAUUUUAAACUGAUAAAUAAUCAAGUUUGCACAUAGUCAAUGCAGGAUUUUAAAUUGCUCAUGAAAUGAAUUAAAUCAAGUGCAUUAUUAUUUUUAAUAAGGGAACUGUUGAAAGCUGUUCACUUUACUAAGGUCUCUCCUUUAUUAAAUUCUGUUUUGUUUUUCAUUGGAAGGCAAAGAAACCUGCCCUGAACUUUACAGUUAUAGAUGAUACCCUUCCCUCUCAUUACUGGGGAUGAUGAGCAAUUUUCAAUCCUUGAAAACAAGAAGAAUCAAUAUAAAGCUCCAGUAAACAGAAAGCCGCUUUGUAGGCACUUUGUAGGCUAUGUUGGUGUUUUUGUCUUCAUUUCAGUAGAUUGAAAUCUUGUACAUAACUUGUUUAAUUUAUUUAUUUGAUGCAGCAAUGGCUGAUGCCCAUGCAGGAGUGGUAGAAUGGAAGCCCAGGAGAAAGACAAGGAGUCAGUGAAUCCGCAGCCGAUGACAGGCUGAGCCAAUUCAUUCUGGUUUUGCCCUCAUCUGCCUCCCUAUUGAGUUCUGCAAAGGAGGGGAAAGCGGACAGCCAGUGCCAUACCCUGAACUGGUUGUACGAAAGCAGGCAGGUGGGGGAUGGCUGAGGGCAGGCUAAGGUUGGUGGGACAGCACCCCAUUCAUCAUAAUGGACCAGACUGCACUGAUUUAAUGGAUUAAAAAACAACAACACCCAGAACUUUCAGGAUCAAUUAUCCUCCCAAGGUGGUCAGCAAAUCAAUAUAAUGAUUACACAAAAACAAUAAAAUAUCAAAAUAACAUAGCAAAUAAGUAAAUAGGACAAAUAAAAUGGAUUAUAAAUUUGGCAACAGUGAAAACAUUAAAAUAGAAGCACUGGAUAAAAUAAACACACACCAUUAGUCAUCCCAAAGUAGAAAAAAAAAAGCAUCAUUCUUAAAGCCCUGGAGGCCAACAAGGAAGAGACCAAACAUGUUUUAAGCUUUAAAUUAUUAGAUAGAUGAUAGAUUACAUAAUUAAAAAGUUUACCUUCUUUAUAUAUGCUUCACUGAUGUAUUUUUUGUGAUCCACAAUGGAUGCUUCUAUUUAGUUUCUGAUCUGACUCAUGCAGGCACUUUUAAUGGAAUGAAGCGAUGGUAUUUUUUACAGGCAAAUAGCACCAUGGCAUCUUAGAGAUGAAAUGGUUUGUGAGGGUUAUAUACACAAAAUCCUUGCAUUAUAACGGGGGCAAGGAAAAUCAAAUAAAUGGCAAAUGCAAUGUACAAAAUAUGGAUUGACAUUCUUUCUAAUAGCCAAUAUAUGAAGACAAUGUCUCACUAAACCCAGCAUUUUUUGCUUCCCUGCUCUAAAUGCAAUAUGAUUUGUAAGCUUUCCUAUGAGCACAGCGUCCAAACAUACCAGGAUUUUAAAUUUGUUUCUCAGUAAUAGUCAGUGCUUAUAUUUGCAGAGGACCAGAGAAAGAAUGGAUUUCUGCUUAUGUAAGUCUUCUUGGAAGUUCAGUGGAGCUUACUCCCAGGUAAUUGCAUAUAGGAUUAUAGCCUCUGUGCUAUAUACUCAAGUUCUGCCAACUAAGGCAUAGAGCACUUGACUAAAGCCCCACUGAAUGACAGUAACACCUAAUGCACAGCCACUAUGACAGAUAUACCAGUGGAACAUCUCAGGUUUGCCCCUGAAGAUAUUGUCAGAUCACGGAAUGUAUCCAGGAUACAGGAACACAAGGAACACCUUUACACUGAGUCAGACCAUUGGAACAGCUUCACAUUGGGCAAAGGAUUCCUGCAGUGCAGGAGUUUGGACUAGAUGACCCUCGUGGUCUCUUCCAACUCUACAAUCCUAUGAAUGGGUACGUGAAUGUGUCUGAGUUAGACUAUGAAUGUAGUCUAUCUGGUUAAGUACAGUGGUGCCUCGCAAGACGAAAUUAAUUCGUUCUGCGAGUUUUUUUGUCUUGCGAAUUUUUCGUCUUGCGAAGCACGGUUUCCCAUAGGAAUGCAUUGAAAAUCAAUUAAUGCGUUCCUAUGGUCAAAAAAAGUCCAAACAAAGCCAAAUUUGGUACAAAAAGAGUUUAUUAAGUGCUCUUUAAAGUCACACAUACUGUAAAGAGCAUUUCAAAAAUUGAAGGAACAAUAAUUUAAGUUUCUAAACAUGACAGAAAAGCAUUUAAAAAUCACCAAAGUGUACUGUACAUACAUUUUCUAAGACUCUGGGGGAGGUCUUUAAGCAGAGGCUUGACAACCAUAUGUCAGGAGUGCUCUGAUGGUGUUUCCUGCUUGGCAGGGGGUUGGACUCGAUGGCCCUUGUGGUCUCUUCCAACUCUAUGAUUCUAUGAACUCGAAGAAGGUUCCUCUUCCACUCUUUGCUUCUAGCUGAAGAACCUGUCCAUGGUCUGCUGCUUCACAUCCAAAAAAUUCAAAAGCACCAAACCUCCCAGAAAACACACAAGCUUCCAGAUUCUUGCAAACCCCUUCUCAACAAUUCCCUGACCCCCCCAGCCACCCACCACACAGAAAUCCAAACCCAGAAAUCUUUUUUUUUAACAACAGCAGAGUUGUGACCAAUGGUCACAAAAAAUCAUAAAAAUGCAGAAAAAAAACACAAGCUUCCAGAUUCUUGCAAACCCCUCCCCAACACCAAGUCCUUGAAUUCCAAACACCCCAACCCAAAAUCCAAAAACCCCCCAAAAAAGUUUUAAAAGUUUAACUUACCAAAUGGCUGCAAAAGAAGUUUUGGAAAAGCUUCAAAAAUCACCAAAGUCUUCAAAAACCUCAAAAAAGGCUACCACGCCGCUUGCUAUGAGUUGCUCCUCGAAGUCAAGUCGCAACUGCACCUCUUCAAGCAAUGCACCCUGGGUAUUAACGGUUUUAAGAAAAAGGAAACAAACUUGCAAGACGUUUUCGUCUUGCGAAGCAAGCCCAUAGGUAAAUUCGUCUUGCGAAGCAACUCGAAAAACCAAAAACUCUUUCGUCUUGCGAGUUUUUCGUCUUGCGAGGCAUUCGUCUUGCGAGGUUACCACUGUAUUAUCUAUUCACACUAGCAGAAGCUCUCCAGGAUUUCAGACAGGGGUCACUCUCAGCCCUACAUGCAGCUGCCGAGAAGUGAACCUUGGACCUUUCAUAUGCAAAGCAUGUCUCCCUUAUGACACAGCCCCUCCCAAUAAGAUAGGAAAACCUAGCCCCAAUAGGACAUAGCAGGCCCAAGUAUCAUUUCCCCUGUUAGCUGUAUCAAAAUAACUUGAGUAACAAUUUUUUUAAAAAGCAAUAAGAGGUAGUUCAGGUAAUGGAUGCAUUCGUUUUUAAACAAUUGGGUUUAGGGGAGAAUGGAGCAAAGUUUCUCUGUCCUCUAGCACAUCAUCCAUGGAGAAUAUUAACAUCUUUAGAGCCCUUGGUUUAAUAUCCAGCAUUUUAAUUGCCUCAAAGACUGAGGUCAGCUGUGUGCCACAACAAGCAGCCAUUUCUUUGGUGUUACAGGUUUGCGCUUGAGAGGUAACACUUUGUAGAACUCUAGUCAAUGCCUAGUCAGAGGCGGGGGGGGGGGAGAGAAUCAAAGCUGGGAAAUUCAGCUCACCGCCAGGUUAUUGCAAUAAACACGUGCUUUACAUUAAAGCAAUGAAGCCCAGAAUCUAAUGCUUCCAUUGGACAAUAGAUGCUGGUUGCUGGUUGCAACAGAGCUUGGCUGCUGGGCUUACUGUUUCAAGACCCAUGGUGCAUUUUUAAAGAAGUGAAUGUACAAGUAAUACAAUCCUAUGUUUACUUGGAAAUAACUCCUACUGUAUUGCAAUAGAAUUAACUCCUACAAUGCUCAAUUGCAGAGAAACCAAAGGGAGAUGUUCCAUGGCUUUCAAGUGUGUCCAUGCUCUAAAAUGACCUUUACAGACAUCUUGCUAAGCUUAUAGGAACAGAAAUGGUAGCAAAUGUGCCCAUGCUCUUAUUAUGCUGUCUGUGCAUCCUGCCUGUUUUCCCUGCUCCCCAUUCUCAGAGUUCCCCAUUCUGAGCUCUAAGUCUGCAUGGAUCACAUGAUACUGAGAGAUAUAGCACAUGCCCUGCCAUCUGAGCUCCUUAUGCAUAGCCUUGUAUACUGAUGGUUGCAUGCUGUGAUUAGUUACACCAUACACAUCCUAUCAGUCCUGGUAUUAUAGAUGGGGGUGGUUGACCCUGGGAUGCCUUUUAAAAAAUAUAACUUAACUCCAUUUGAAGACAAUGGGUUGGAAAGUUCUGACCCAGACACUAGGCUUGAAUCUCUAGUAUCAUGGGGGGGGGCUGCUUUCUGAAGGAGCAUAGAUUAUGAUUUCACUGUGCUACCCAUAUCCAGCCCAUGAUUCCUCCACCAGCAUAUAUUCACUGGUGUAACAGCUUCCCCCACUGCUCAGGCCACAUGUCUCAUUGACCCUGCUCUGUACCUUCCUUGAAUGCUUUUGCCUGGAAGGAAUGUGUUCUUGAACUGUAACUAUGCUUCUUCCUUGCCUGGGAAAUACAGAAGUGUGGGUGGGACUUGUAUAGAAACAUCUGUCUUUGGCAUGAGUGGAAUGUAGGCUGCCAUACAAAGGUAAGAUUCACAUCCACUGGUCCACCCACUUUUGUCUCUUGCAUGUCCAUGGGAAGUUGCCCUUGACUCUAGAAGGUUCUCCACCCUUGAUCUACUCCAACUGACAACAGCUUUCCAAGGGCUCAAGCAGUAGUCUUUCCCAUCACCUCUCCUUUGUAACUGGAGAUGCCAGGGAUUUAAUUUGAGGCCUCCACCAUGCAAAAUAUGAUGUUGUACUACCACUGAGUUAUGGCCCCUCCUGUUGCUGAAAGAGACUAAGCAGAAAGAGAAUGCUGUGUGUUGACUCUUGGUGCCAAGAAAGAAGCCACCUGCUGGCUCAUGCUAAAAAGAUUAGGGGUGGCUGACAUAAAAGCUGAGUAAUUAUUGACAAUAAAGAUUCCCCAUUUGUACCCUAUCAUCUUCGACAAUGUGCAGUUUUGAAAUGAUGGCAGGACAUGAAAGAGUGGGUUGUCAUCAAAGAGCUCUUCAGUCUAAAAGGUCUAGGAAGUGCUGAAUUAGGUCCUGGGUUGUUCUGUUUCAAAAAGGUGUUUCUUGGCUGGUGGAUCAGCUUAUGGGAGUUGGGUGUGGAAAGGAAAAGGGAAGGGUUGCAGCAUUUGAGGUGAAGACACAAAAUGGAGGAUGUGGCUUAUGUGAGGCCCAGCGGGACUCCCUUUUGCUUAGUCUACUUUCACAACAGCAUGUUUCCUGCUCAGCAGGCAAAAACCAAAAUAGAACAAAAACAAAACUGAGCUAAAGAACUUGAUAGCUGUGCACUUUGAAACAACAGCUUCCUCCAAUGAUACACAGCAUUGUAAACAAAGUUCUAAAGCUCCCAUAGCAAAACACCGCUGACAUAUAGCUAUAUAUAAUCCUGCCCAUAAAAUCAUUCAUGUGCUAUUGUGCAAAGCAGUGGGCUCCUCAGCAGCUGCCUGUUUAGCAAGCUUGAUGAAGAACAUUCAGUAUGAAAAUAUGGGAGGGGGACAUUUAACAUUGUUGAAAAGUAAUUAAAAAUAUAUUUCACCAUAUGCUAUGCUCCUCUGCCUUUACUUCACUUCAAGAAAACAAAUGCCUAGAGCAUUUAUUGUACCCCAUCAUUUUUUAAAGAGGACUAAUGUUCCCACUUGGCAUGGAAGACACACAGAUAAAAUAAUCAGACCUGAAAUGAAUUGUGUGAAAUUCAUUUAUCUGCAUUCAAGAAGCUUCUUCUCUGCAGUCAAUAAAUGCAAACGGCCUCCUGUGCUCCUAAAAUGUGUGGCUCUCAAAACAAGAAAGUUGGAUGCUAGUACCUUAAGCAGAAUCAUCAAUAAAGGGCAGUAUAUCGUUAGGUUUAUUACAGAAUUGCAAUAGUCAUCUUAGUAACUGUGUAAUAUUAGUAAGAUUCCAAAGCUGCUGUGGUUUACCUAGCACAUACACAGAAGAAACAACACAGUUAAAGGAAAACAACAUAAAACUAAGAUCUUUUGAAGCACAUCUGAAAAUGUAAUGAUUGUUUCAUUGCUAAUGUAGCUUAUUUGUGUGCAUAUCUACCCUGAACACUCCUCCCAAGGGCCAUGUAUUUAUUUAUUUGUUUAUUUGAAAUAUUCAUAAACUGCACUUUCAUAUAAAAUAUCACAAGGCGGUGCACAGACUAAAAAUACACUAUUACAAUAAAAACAUCAAAUAUAUCAGUAAGAGCUGCUUGAGAAAGGACCCCAGGUUUGAAAUGCCUGUCGGAAUAGCAGAGUUUUUAAAAGGAAUCUAUAAACAAGCAAGGGUGUCAUCUGCCAAACAUUUAUUGGAACGGAGUUCCACUGGGCAGCACCCACACACAUGAAAGCCUUGGCCAGCUAAACUUCAGCAGCAUUAGGGACCACCAGCAGAGUCCCUUUAGAAGACCUCAGUGACUGAGGAGGAGCAUGAAGAAUCAGGUGGUCUUUUAGAUAUCUUGGGCUCAAGUUACUUAGAGUUUUGUGAAUUAAACCUGGCUUGGUAACAGAUUAGUAACCAGUUACUUUAGUUCAGUGAAUGAAAGUUGGGAGUCCUCAACAGAGAAUUCUCAUAUUCUUUUCUAAACAUUGUUUCCCACAAUUCUUUGGGGGUAGCCAUGAAACUAUACCAAAAAAGAACUGCAGUACAAAUCGGCUCCCAAAGUUCCAUGUCUGAAGAGAAAUUUGGAAUCCAGGCUUUUGAAUAGAUAAAAAUGACUUUUUCAAAACGCAAAGGGAUUGAAGCAAUUUAAAAAAGCUCAGUAUUGUAUAAGAAGCAUUUAAAACAACAACAACUGUCCAAAUAAUGGUUGAUGUGAUUGUCUGGAAGAGCAUGUGCUAUACUAACAUAAAGGUAGCCUGAUGGAAAUAACAUCAUCAAUUGAUACUGACAACAACAGCUGUAUUUAGUGGGAAUCAUAUAUAAACACAGCUGGAGAAGAACAUUCAUGCUGUGUGUGAGAGGACACCGUAAUUUAUGUAAUGAUCUCAUUUAAAUAUGAGGCUUUCACCAAGCUUUUGAUGGCUGCUCCCAAUUAUGAGCCAAGACCUCAGAUUUCAGGACCUGGCUUGGUGCCAUCCAGCUUUGGGGAUGAGGGUGGCUCAUGAUGAUUGCAGCAAGCUCUGGAUUCCUUGAUAACGGAAAGGUGAUAGCACUGCCCAACACUUUGUCUUGUUAUUUUCAUCUGUAGUAAAUAUAAGAAUCUGAUAACAGUAAAUACAGACUUUACAUGGAAAGAGCCAUUUUUGUGAGGUUUUUUAUUGUUAUUAUGUGUGUGGCUAUGUUGAAAAUAUAGGUGUCAGAUACCACCUAUGCUGCAUCUUCAUAAAAUUUUCUCUUAACGUGUAGCAUGCUGUGAACCUUAUAUUUACUUUCCACAGUUGUUCCCAUAAUAUAAAAUCAAUAGUGUGUCCAAUGUCCCUGGCCCAACUUAUCAUCGAAGACUUUACUGUUUCUUCCAUUGUCUCCCACUCAAGUAAUAAAUUACGGUAUACAUUUUUUAUAAUAUUUUGACCUUGGAUCCUAAUAACUCCUUUUCAAACUGAGUUCUGUUCUGCAAAUCUGUACUUUUUGUCUAGCUUAAAUGUUGUCCUCAACUGGUAGUACUUAACCAAUCUGUCACUUGAUCUUUUUUUCUCUCCAUACUCUUUUCAAUUUGUAAUCCUCCCCAGUAACAGCUGUCUUUUCUAGCUGCACCAAGGGACCACUUUACAGAAGUUCGUAGGAAUGAGAAUUCCAAAGUAGACCACAUCUUAUUCACACAUUAAUCCAGAAGUUGUGGCUCUCACAUAUCGACCUCAUCCCAAUUAUCCUCAAGUACUUUGCUAGAUACAAGGUCCAUAGUCUACCUCCACUGCUGGAAGCAGUGCCCUUCUCAACACCAGUUGCUGGAAACCUCAGAAGGUGAGGGUACUCUACUGCUCAGGUCUUGCUUGGAGCCUUCCCAAGGGCAUCUAGUCAGCUGCUGUGAGAACAAGCUGCUGGUGGUCUGGUUGGGCCCUUGGCCAGAUCCAGCAGGGUUCUUAUAUUCUUACUAUCCAUUAAGCUAGUCUAUUGCCCUCAGGUGUGGUGACAGACACUGCCCAGUAAUCAGUGUUGAAAAAAAGAUUCACCUGCCAAUCAGGUUGGAUUCUAUAUGUGGUAAUUAGGGGAGUAGGCACCAUCUUGUCCUUAAUUCCUACCAGCAAAUGUAUUGAGCUGUCUCUGGCCUAGGCAUGUGUGAAUAAACUUCCUGACAUCUAUAGACUUUGCUGUAACCUUCCUUCCCCACCCCAGCAACUGCCUAUCAAUGAUAGUAAAAGGAAAACAUGCAGGGAUCUAGAGAAAUCUCUCAAUCACAUCUGACAUUCAUUUGUUCAUUUUUAAAUGGACAUAUAAUUCUUUUACGUGCAAGUUGUUAGAAGAUUAAUUGAUGCUUGUGGAGAGAUUUGAAAUCCUCUAAGUGCUGUAAGACAAGAUCUAACAGAUUUUAUUCCCAUUAUCCAUUUGUUAAUCAGGGCACCCCUUGAGAGUCUUCUAAAGUCAGCCCGUUCCUCAAGACACUCAUUAUAUGGGGCUGGAGGUGGUCAUGAAGAUCAAGAGAGGAGAGAAAGUGAAUUUUAGUUUGUGAAAGACAAAUGACAAAAGGGAAACUUUUGGAAUAUGUAUGCACAGUGAGAAGUCAUGUUUAAAUUGUGAUGAAAUUAUUGGAGAAAGCAGAAAGGUAUUUAGGCAUUUGCUAUAUUCUAUUUGAAAAUUAUUCAGUUUAUUUUAAUGAUAAUAGGUUGGGGUAACUGCAUUCACAAGAGUUAGCUGUCAUUCCCAAAUGGAAAAGAUACAGUUCCAAGAGAAAAAUAAUAUUCAUCUACCCUGCUCCAUUUUGUGGAUUCUUUUAUUUUCUUUUUAACUAUAUUUAAAUAUUCCUCCUAUAAACAGACUAGGACAUGGGAGACCAGGGUUCAGACCCCUGCUCAGCCAUGAAGCUCACUGAGUGUCCUUGGUCCAGCCACAGUCUCUCUCAGCCAAAGAUAUUUCACAGGGUUGUUGUGAGAUAAAAUAAGUGGGGGGGGGGACCCUGUAUGCCACCUUCAACUCCUUGGAGGAAAGCUGGGAUAGAUAUGUGAUAAAUAAUUAAAUAUCUGCUAUUUAACCUUUUGUGAAUGCUAUCAGACUCCUGGCCUCCAAACUGAAAACUAAUGACUUGUUUAUAUUACAAUAUUACUCCAUCAAGGAUUAUUCCCCAAAUCUUUUAAAAUGUAAGGCUGUAUUGCUGAUUUUGACCAAAAAAACAUCCAUCUUAAGCUAGAAUUUUCUGUUUAUUAGUGGCCAGUCAGAUCAGUACCGAAUUUAUGUAUAGGCUAAGUAGGCUGAAGCCUAGGGCCUCUAAAUCUAGGGGGCCUCACUAGCCUGCCCUCUUCCCAUUGCCACAGUCUCCCCUCUCCCCAAAUUGCAAACCCAAUACUUCAUGUGAGGGCAGUGGCAUCAUAACAGGGGGUCAGGGGGCGGUACGUUCCAUGUCUGCGGGGGUGACAAGAAGGCGCCCCACCACAGUGGCGUGAGCAGACAUUGCACUGCUGCAGCUGCAUGUGGAGGAUCCUCUGUUCGCGGCUGCAGCCGCGAGCAGAGGAUCCCAGCGCCAGCGGCAAACUGCUUUGUACAGCGCAUGUGGCAUCGCACGCAUGUGCUGUUCAUAACAACGCCACACAUGCGCUGUACAUAGUGGUUUGCUGCCGGCACUACUCCAGCGCCGUACGGACGGUGCUGGGAUCCUGUGCUCGCGGCUGCAGAGGAUCCUCCAUUCACCGCUGCAGCCGCGAGCAGAGCAUCCUGUCACCGUCUGUACAGCGCUGGAGCGGCGUCGGCGGCAAACCACUAUGUACAGCGCGUGUGCGGUGUCGCUACGUACAGUGCAUGCGUCUGCAAGGCCGCGUAUGCAUGCUAUGUAGUGAUGCCCCGCCCCGGGUGUCACGACACCUUCAUUCACCCCUGUGUGAGGGUAGGACAACUUGGGCCUCUAAAUCUAGGGGGCCUCGCCAGCCUGCCCGCUCCCCAGUGCUGCAGUCUCCCCUCUCCCAACAUUGUAAACCCAAGACUUCAUGCAAGGGCAGGACAACUCAGGCCCAGCAACUAUUAGACUCAGGGCUAGCCGGUGGGGCCGAAUUUAAAGCAGUGGGGCCCAACUUGAUAUUAUUUUUUUGUAGGGCCCCAGUUCACUGACAAAGUCUGCAAAAUCUUAUAGAUAUAAAUAAAAUCCAUCUAGAUGGCCCUGGUGCAGGGGCCCCUUUAGGAGCAGCCCGCAGGGCCCAGUUUGGCCAAAUUGCUCCAAUUGCCUUAAGAUCAGCCCUGAUGAGACUGUGCAGGGGUUGGACUUGACAAGCCCUGCACCUUCUAGGUCCCUGGUGUCACCAUUCAGAGUACAGACUCAAGGUCUUGUUUUGGAAAUAAAGGGGAGGCACUUAUUGGAAAUCAGUUUUGUCACCUCUUCCCCCCCAAACCCCGUGAGAAUGAGCCCAGCCACCUUUUAUUCACAGUCACAUAAGCACUACACUACAGCAUGGCCAUAAACUUGUAUGUUCAACCGCUGAAAUAUACACCCAAUAUAUAGCAAUGGAGAUUUAUGUUACUGCUUUAUGAAUGAACACUGUGUUUUAUGAAUGGACGGUUCAAUGUGUGAUGGGGUGAGCUCCCAUUGCUCUGUCCCAGCUCCUGCCAACCUAGUGGUUCAAAAGCAUGCCAGUGCAAGUAGAUAAAUAGAUACUGCUGUGGCGGGAAGGUAAACAGUGUUUUCAUGCGCUCUGGUUUCUGACACGGUGUUCUGUUGCACCAGAAGUGGUUUAGUCAUGCCAGCCACAUGACCCAGAAAGCUGUCUGUGGACAAACGCGGGUUCCCUUGGCCUGAAAGCAAGAAGAGUGCCACAACCCCAUAGUCACCUUUGACUGGACUUAACCGUCCAGGGAUCCUUUGCCUUUACCUACCAAGUUUCCAGUGAAACUACUUAAGCAUGGUAAUGAGUUGUGAAAUGUUUAACUAACUGAUAAUGGUUGAAUCCAACUCACUUCCCCUUAGAUAACCAAUGAAAGACACACCAAAACAAAGUCAUCAGUUUCUCCUGCUCAUCCUUAGGGUAAACUGAAGUAGGAGUAAACUGUGAUAGCAGCUAACAUGAGUCAUACACCAAUAAACCUAUUCUCUAAUCCUCAGAAGUUUUCAAGAGUAUUAUACAGCACUGUUUUGAGGAGAAAGGACAACAUUAGAAUACUUUAAAAGACAUUCUACUUUGUCUACCAGGCCGAAUAUUGGGAAGUGCUGAUCUCAUGUUCCAGGAAUUCCAGAGCGAUGGUGGUGCGGGGGUGGAGUCCUAUGUGAUUUAUGUAUCCUUUGUUCUUUUCGUAUCUUUUCAGUUUCUUUGACUACACACCAUUUCCCACAAAGAGCUCACUUCCAAAGCAUUACAAAAAAUGCAACAACCAGAACUCCACAUGCUGCAACAAGAUUCGUCUCUGACUCAUGGUUUUCUUUGGAAACUCUUGAAGUAUUAAGAGAUAUCCAUAAGAAAAGCAUAGACCAGGCAUUUAAAAUUCCAGCUAGAAAUACAAAGCGAUAGACGUGAGCAAAUGUUCCAAGAAGCCAGUUUUAUCUUGGAGGUUUUCAGUGCUGAAAGCAUCUUGCAGGCUUCAUGGACUCCUCCAAGGCCUUGCUCAGGAACUAGUGUCCCUGGAGCCAUGCUGAAAAGAGAGUGAGUGAUGGGGAGCCAGUAAUUCCAACCUUCAUUUUGUAACACUGCCUGCCACUAAGGGCUCAUCCACACUUACAUUUGCUCCAUGUUUCUAGGCACAAGUCUGGGCUUUUCAGGUCCAUGUCUGAGCAUUGUUUGUUUGUUUGUUGUCCUGGCGCAUUCCCCAGAAAACCUAUGUUUUACCACUGAAUCAGAGCAAAUGACAAUUGGGAUUUCUGCAGAUUGCUGUUAGCGCCAAUUCAGAAGUAAAACAUGGGUUUUCCUGGGGAAAGUGCCAGGACAAAAACAAAACAAAACUUGGAAAGCCGGGACCUGAGCCUAGAAACAUGGAGCAAAGGUAAAUGAGCACCCUGCGCUCCCAGCCUUGAGAGCUGAAAACACACUGAAUAAAUGGACUCUUCAUUUCCAUUUAGGCCCUUUAUUACAUUUCCCCAGCGUUUCCUCAACAGUUAAUUUCUGCAUUAUAUUUGAGCUUUCACACAGCAUAAAUUCACUUUUGGAAAUAUAGCAGAAUAUAUUGCAAGAUUAGCACUCAUUUCCAUGUGAUUUGCAAACUGAUUUUUCCUAAGUAAGUAAUGCAGAAAUGAGCGCUAAACUUGUGCUAUAUUCUGCCAUAUUUCUGGGAAUGGCUUUUAUGUCAUGUGAAAGCUCAAAUAUAAGGUGGGAAUUAACAGUUAGGGAAACAUUGUGAAGAUGGAAUGAAGGGCUGUCUGCAGCCUUAGUUGCAAAAGGUAAUGUUUAAAUCGGUCAGGCACAAUGUACCCCUGCAUUCUCUGGCAGGCUGCAUUAUUUGGUCAGCGUCGCAUUGCCUAUGGCACGGGGACCUCAUGAUGCCUUGGUCUGGUUUAAAUACCUACUGCUGUUUGUGAUCUGAGUGCUACUUAAGAAGUUGCAUUAAACUGAGUCAAACCAUUAUUAGUCCACCCAACUCAGUAUUUUCUGCAGUGACUGGCAGCGUCUAGCCAGGAUUUCAGACUGGAUCUCUCCCUGCCCCACCAGGAGACACCAGGGAUUGAACUUGGGAACUUCUGCAUGCAAAGCAGAUGCUUUGUCACUGAGAUACGGCCCAUUCCUAAGGGUCUUCCCUUGAAAAUCAUUGUUUCAGAACAACCAGGAUGCCUCCUUUGGAAAACUGUGCACUAAUUAAGUAGUGCCUAUGUUGAUGGACAUUGAAAUGUAAUGCUAAAAUACCCUUUUAAGAAUUGCUGAAAUGAAAUGUUAAGACACGGUUGAUCUUUUUGACAGUUAAAGUGAGUGGUAAAGUGUGAGCUGAGAAGUCCCUGGUUCAAAUUCCCCCUCUCAAGCCAUUUCUGAACCUCAAAUUCAGAAUGUGGGGACAAUGUAAUAUUAACUUCACAAAUUUGUUGCAAAAGUUGAUAUUUUGUAUAUUCGGUAUGUUAACAUAGCUCUGAUGUAGUGGUUUGGAUGUGCUACGUUCACUGCAACUGCUAUAGGCAGAGUGCUUAAGUCAGAGUCUACAAGACCAACAAAGUUUAUGGAAUCGCCACAGGGUCUAUGAACCCUGUGCAGGUUGCUUUCCAGGUUCAGGAAAGGGAAGGGGAAAGAAUCUGCCUUUUCCAAGAAUACUCUUCAUGCCCCCAGGUUUGAGCCGCAGUGCUGAGUCAGAAGCACAAGUAGCUGCAUGUUGGUGAUCCAUAACAGACAUAAAACGGCAAUAGUGAUGCUUCAGCCACUUUCUGAAUGAAGAGAAUGCAAGCUUUGACUCACACAGAACUCUUACCCAAGCAGAGCAUUACAUUUGCACUAAAUAUUUAUUUUUAAUUUGGAUUUAGCCCCCCCCCCCCGAAAUUUCCAGUUAAGUCCUAAUGCACACCCUUUGCUGUUUACACCCAGGUGUCUGCAUUAGCAUCUUAACACCAUGGAAUCAUCCUUAAAAACUCAUUCUAUUUUUUGGCAGUAUACAAGCUUUUGACUCCCUUCUACUUAGCAUGAUUGCAUUUGAGAUACUUCAAAGAGAGCUUUUGAACUGUGAUAGUGUCAAGAGUCUUUGUUAUCAUUUCAAAGGACAUCCCCACUUUGUAGGGCCUAGGUAAACAUCCUUUCUUUGAGGCAAACCUUUCAGCAUGCAGAUUGACUCCUUUCAUUGCAAACUCUGAUUCCUUUACCAUCCACCCACUUCUGACUGAUGAUGCUUCUGAGUACACACAUUUUCUAAUGAAGUCAGUGCACAUGUUUUAAUAUGCAGUUGCCAUAAUAACACAUCAUUGUCCAGUUUGUAUGUCAUGGGAAACCAUAUGCACUGUUGUGGUUUGUGUUUUUCUCCACUCCACUAGUGCAUGUAUAAAACAAACCAUGAUCUCUGACUUAACAUUAUGUGGUCAGAAAGCCAAGAAACAACUUUGGGUACAGACCAUGAUUUGUUGGGAGUGAAACAAACCAUGAGGUCUGGUUCAGAUGUAAUGCUGAGCCAGGAUUGUGAUUUAAUUCUUGUGUGUGUAGUGGUUAGGAGUUAAACUGCCCAGAGAGGCAGAAUUACAGGAAACCAUUAGCUACAGUUUACCAUGACAUGUGAAUGAGGCUAUUCAAUAAAAAACAGAAAAGCAGCACAAGGAUCCCAUGUUAUAUGCCAGGAGUUAUCUACUUUUAUUAAUACUGAUCGAGGCAACCAAAUCAUGGAUGCUUUUGUGUCAGGGGAAGAUAAAUGAGUCAUCACAACAGGCUGAGUUUAAAUGGUAGUGGAGAGGGAGGAGUUGAAAAAAUGUGGGGAGUUUUAAAAAGGUGAGUAUGAUGAUAUGGAUUGAGAUGAAAAGGUAAAGCUGGCACAUUGGCAUAUGGGGUACUAUUCUGCUAAAUUUUACUCAUAGUAGAUCCACUAAAAUGACUAUGCUUAACUGAAGUCAUUUCAGUGAGCCUAUGAUGAAUAAAACCUAGUAGGAUACCACUCCUCCUUCACAGAUCACUGCCUUGUCAUGGUGAAGGGGCUUGAAUAACUCAGAGAAGCUAUGAGCUAUGCUGUGCAGGACCACCCAAGAUGGACAGGUCACAGUGAAGAAUUUUGACUAAACGUGAUCCACCUGGAGCAGGUACUAGCAAGCCACUCCAGUAUCCCUGCCAAGAAAACUCUAUGGACAGUGUUCUCGAAGCUACUAACAUGAGUUUGACCAAACUGCGGGAGGCAGUGGAAGACAGGAGUGCUCUGGUCCAUGGGGUCACGAAGAGUUGGACACAACUAAAUGACUAAACAGCAACAGGAUACCACUCGUGUUUCUCCUCUUCUCCCCUCCAUCUUUAUAAUGCUUUUGACCAUGUUUGAUCAAUUUGUGGCAAAUAAACUGGCAAGCAUGGUCGUGCGUUAAUUCAUUCAGCAAGUGCAAAGAAACAAGAAAUCUAUUUUUUAAGAAAGAGGGAUGUUGUUGCCCCAUGCUUUCCAUUUAUUUCCCUUCAAGCAUCUGAUCAGAGUCCAAUCAAAUACAGAUGUGCUUGUGCUUAUAUAUUUCUGUCUAUGAUUAAACUACAUAGUUAACACAUCUCAAAGCUCUCACUGAGCUUUUCUUUUCCCUUAGGCAGUUUUACUCUAAUCGCCCCAUAAGCUUUCUCAUGAUAUGCUCAGAAAUGUAGUCAACGACUUUCCUUUUUCCUUUAAUUAGUGAUCUUGUUAUAAUGCUAUGUGGUGAUCUUCCUUUUUGUUGCCUGUAUUUUAAACGUAAUUUCAAUUUAGUUUUCUUUCUUUUUUAAGGGUUAAGCAAUGUGAGGGCUUGCUUGUUGUAAAAAUAGGCAUUCUCUUUCUUACACUGAUGAGGGGACCACAAGCUCUGUUCACAAAUGCAUGUGAGUUUCAGUUCAGCUAACCACCCUUCAACGUCCAAGCACCUUUGGACUGUAAAACAAUUUUACACACAUCCCAGGUUGUCUGGUCACAUUUAUGAAGCUGUGUGUGAAGUAUGAAGAAUAGAUUGGGCUGUAGGUCUAAGCACCUGAAGCAACCUCUUCUUGUGCAGUACUGAUAUAUUAUUGCUAUUAUAAAAAACUGUGAUCUACAAAGCAGUUAGGUUAGAAUAGUAUUUAGAUUCAAAUGAGUUUGGGCACAUGCAGUCAGUAGGGCUAAAAAAUUAUAUCCUAUUUAAAUAAUUCUAAAACAUUUUUGAAACUCCCCUUCUUCAGUGAAGGAGAUUUCACUUUUGUAGGCACUUUAUUUGUUCUGGAACACAUUGGCUAAGGAAGAGAGCUAAUCAGACACCAUAAUUGGAGGUGAGGGAACAAAUCCUACCUCUUGUGUGAGCUCUCCCCCACUUAAUUGAAAGUCAUGUUUUUCACCUUGAUAACAUGUGACGUUCCUAGCCGGAUGAUGCUUUGAGUGUUCCAAGCUGUAUGGUACUUUGAUCAUCCUGUACCAAAGCAUAAGUGAGCUCACAUUGGUUCACAUUAUUUUGUGAACUUGUGCAUCUGUCAUCCUCAUUAUCUGAAUGUACAGCUUGCACCAUUGGAUGGCUGAUUAAAAGAAUUUGUUACGCACAUGAUACAGUGAUCAGCCGUUCCUGCUCAUAUCCCUAAAUAACAGUGUGUUCUAAUAAGUUGAUAAGAAUACUUUAGUCAAGGCCAGAGAGCUCUGUGUUCUUUUUAGAACCUCUCAACAGUAGUCUGGGUUUUAUGAAUCAUUUUUGAAAGGCUUUCUUUUGGCAAAGACAUCUGGGGCACCCACCAGAUUUUGGCUUAACUGCCUUCCACAUUUAUUUAUACACUUGCUUUCAUAACAUAAUAAUGAGUCCGUGUUGCCUUAUCCAUACAUGGCUGAUAAGUUACAACCAGGAGACCCCCUUCUGACUCCUCAAGCCAAUUUGGUGACGUCCAGAUGUUGUUCUUGAAAGUACUGGGACAACUCUGUUGCAGAACCACAAUUUCCAGAAGCCAUUGGGACAGUCAUGGCAUUCAAGCAGUUUAAUACUGUAGGGUAGAUAUGUUCAAUAGAAGAUAGUGAUUAAUUUGCCCAACUUGUGUUGCCCAACUUUGAAAUUUUAAUGAUUACUAGUAGAAUCAACUGUUUCUGCUAGAUAUAUCCUUCCUGUUGCUCAUUAUAAGAGGCUUUGCUGUUGACAUAAGAUAAGGUGGUUCCUGCCAAUCUCCCAGAAGACCUAAAAUAAAAAGUGAAUUCUUGCAGUUUGGACAGCUGCCUGCUUUCAUAUGAUUUCAGUGCGGCAAAGGGAGAGAGAUCUCUCUAUGCCAAAAGACACAAAUCACUUUCUUUCAGCUGCUCCCCACUCUCGCCUUCAUUGGUAGAAAUGACAUGGCACUGCAUCACUAGUCUCCUUUCUCUCAUUGGCUGCCCUCGCAAUUAUGGCUGAUUAUCCUUGACCUGCACUUAAUGGAGGAUAGCCAGCCCAGAGCAGAGGUUAGAUAGGCUGUUUUGACAUCUCUUUUCCCACUAAAAACACUUUUGUCAGUGUCCAUAUAUUUUGUCAAGGUACAUAUUCUCUUACAGAUGAAAGACCUUGCUUGUAUUAGGAAAGCAAUUCUUUCCUCAUAGACAUCUUGCCAGUAAAUCUAUUAUCGCCUCUAACUGACUUCGCUCUGAGCCUACUUUCUCUUUGAUGGGCAAAAACAGAGAUUAAAGGGGGAAGGAACAAUGAUUAGCUGGGGAAGGAAUGUGCUUCAUUAAUGAAGAAAAAUGACUCAACCCUCUUUGGAAGCACACAUGCAGAUCUUGUUUUAUGUAGAGUCCAGGGUGGAUGGGGGCUCACCCUUCUAUUUAACAGGGAAACAGGUGGGCUCAGAAAAUGAACUCCCAGUAUGGAAUUCUCACUGCCCUCACUGCAAGCCAAGGCCAAACCCUUCUCCAGAAUACAAGCCCAACUCAUCUAAGUCCACCACCAACCUGAUCCCCUCACCAUUCCCUCUGCCUUUCCAAAUAAAGGUACUUCUGUGAAGGGAUGACAGCCAGAAAUGUGGGCAGAAAACGGUUUGUAGGACUCAGGCUACAAAUGCACAGAUGCUUCUGCUGUUUGAACAGGGUUUGCUGUUUCCUGGGCUUCCUGACUCAUACAGCAGUGGGAACACACAGGUCAUCUAGUCCAACUGCCUGCAGUGCAGGAACCCUUUUGCAUAACAACAACAACAACAACAAAUUUUAUUUGUACCUCGCCCUCCCCGUCCAAAGCUGGGCUCAGGGCAGCUAACACCAGUAAAAUUACAAUAAAAACAUAAGGGGGGGCAAUUUAAAAUACAGGUUAAAAUGCAAUUUAAAAUGCAUCCUCAUUUUAGAAGAAGUCCAUAGGCCAAAACCGUAAGGGGAGGGAAACAUAAGGGUCAGACUGAGACCAAACCAAAGACCAGACGGAACAGCUCUGUCUUGCAGGCCCUGCGGAAAGAUGCCAAGUCCCGCUGGGCCCUAGUCUCUUGUGACAGAGCGUUCCACCAAGUCGGGGCCAGUACUGAAAAGGCCCUGGCCCUAGUUGAGACCAAUCUAACUACCUUGUGACUUGGGACCUCCAAAGUGUUGUCAUUUGUGGACUUUAAGGUCCUCCGCGGGGCAUACCAGGAAAGAUGGUCCUGUAGGUACGUGGGUCCUAGGCCGCAUAGGGCUUUAAAGGUCAAAACCAGCACCUUAAACCUGACCCUGUACUCCACCGGGAGCCAGUGCAAUUGGUAAAGCACUGGAUGAAUGUGAUCCCACGGCUUGAACCCACAGCCCUUAGAUUAGGAGUCUCAGGCUUUACCAGCUGAACUCAUACCUUUGUUUUCUGCACCAGGCUAUUUUUUGAGAGACACUUUGCUCUGUGCUUUCUGUGUAGUGCAUUAGCUAACACGAAUAACAGGGUUGGGAUCUUAAUUUGUGUGGUGGGGCAUGAAGCCUGAAUCCAGAAAGGCACCAGCAGUGAGCAAGAGCUGGGCUGCUGGUGGGUGUGAAGUACAUGCAUGCAUGCACACACACCUUCACAUACAUGUACUCAGUGCUCUCUUUUUUUGUAAAAGAUGAGGUUCCACUACUAUACUUGCUAAAAGUGUCAGCACAAAAUGGCUGCCGUGGGUGGCAAAAAAAGAGAUGGUGGUACUCACUGAAAAAGCACUGCUUGUACUCAUGGGUAGCUUUCUGUUGCCUACAUGGCAUUAUCCCCAAGUCCCCAGAAUGUGGUCGCAAGAGCAGCUUGGCCUGAUAUAAAACCUUUGAAUGCCUCAAGCAGGACAGGGGUUGAAUGCACACAUUCGGCCUCAGUCCCUCCAUCUGCAAUAUGGGAGACAGCAAUACUGCUUUUUCUUAUGGGGUUAUUAGAGAACUUUACAGCUGGAUAAUGCAUGUGAAGUGUUUUGAACACCUGGAUGCACUAGACAAGUAUUACGUAUUAUUAUUGCUGUUGAUUCCACCCAUAAAGAUGAAAUAAAUGAUACAAAUGCCUUUGCACGUUAAAAUGUGGGCUUCCAAAGCAAUUUGCUGCUGUUCUUGUGAUUCACCUAAAUGAUUCAGAAGUAUUUUAAAUGUACUCUUUCAUUGCCACUUUUUUACUGUUGUUCAUAAGCACUCUACUUACACGUUUCUUUCAUUCCUUAUUAUUUUUCCAGAUGAAGAUGUGCCUGGAGCAUUUUAUGCACUGAUAGAAUUUCUCCUCCUUUUCUUUUGCCUUGCUAUUUUUUUUCCAGAAAGAAAAACAGACAAGUUGAUAAACUGGGUUAUAUAAGGACAAUGCAGAUGCACAUUUCUAUAGAAAUAAAUGGGGACCAACUGCCUGAAAGACUUUGAGCACUUUCAGCUGCAAAACAACCACAGUUUUGAGGUGCAAAGGGUCAAGUUUUGACUGCAACUCUUCUGUUUGCUUCCUCCUUGGGCUUCUUCCACAGCAGUUAUUGUGGUGUGUGCCAUUGCCAGGCUGUGUUCAUUCCAUUUUUGGAGCUUCCGAAGAACACCAUCCUCUAGUGAUUGUUGUCCUGCACUUUCUGUUGAUUUCUCUGAAUGAACUUUUCAGCACUAUUCUUCCUUCUUUUCAUGGACCAGGGGUUGACAUGGGCAUUGUCAUGUCCGGAAAGUGAAUCUCUCAACACACUUUCAUUAUAACCUUUGUGGUGGGAACUCUUUUAUGACCUCAUUUAUGUAUUUUAACAAGUACUAAAAAGCAAAACAAAACCCCUUUUCCAGCUAUAAAAUUAUUUAAUAAAAGGGGAUAGUGCUAUAACACCAUAGCUCAAUAAUGUUAAUAGUGCGUAAAAUGGUGCUGACUAGAAAAGGUUCCCUCUCCCCAUCACUUUUAUUUUAAUGAAGUAUUAUAGUGCUUCAGCACAAAAACACCAUACUUCAAAAUUUUACAUUAUAGCAUUAUGAAGUUAUAGCCCAAUGCCACUCCAUUUUUAGAAAAAGUAUAGCUGGAAAGCAUUUUAUCACUAAUUAAAAGAUCAAUUUAACAAAAUAGGGACAUAAAAUGGCACCCACCACAAGGCUUAGUGGGAAUGUACGCUGAGCUUCAAAUUGUCCCACCCAGAGCAGCUACAAUACGUUACCCCCACUGAUGUGAACAGAACAAAAGCACAAUACCCUCAAUAGUGUGGAAAUGCAGCGGCAGUGCUCCUUGUAGCUUACAAUGGAAGAAGAGCAAUUAUUGAUAAGCAUUGGAGCUUUCCCUCUGGAAGCAGGUUUGAUUGUCUCAACAGUGGGAAUUUAUAUAUAUUUAAUGUCCAAAUUAAGCCAGGUUUUCCUAUGAGCUCUUAAUUUCAGAGUUCAGCUUUUUAUAAUUAAAUUCCUGGCAGUUCAAUAGAAGAUAUAGCUGAAUCAUGGGAUGCGGGUGGCGCUGUGGUCUAAAUUCUAAACCAAUGAGCCUCUUGGGCUUGCCAAUCAGAAGGUCAGCAGUUCAAAUCCGCGCGAUGGGGUGAGCUCCCAUUUCUCUGUCCCGGCUUCUGCCAACCUAGCAGUUUGAAAGCAUACCAGUGCGAGUAAAUAGGUACUGCUGUGGCAGGAAAGUAAACAGUUUUUUCAUGCGCUCUGGCAUUCUUCAUGCUGUUCCAUGCACCAGAAGUGGUUUAGUCAUGCUGGCCACAUGACCCGGAAAGCUGCCUGUGGACAUCGCCGGCUCCUUCGGCCUGAAGCAAGUUGAGCCCCACAUUCCAUAGUCACCUUUGACUGGACUUAACCGUCCAGGGGUCCUUUACCUUUACCUUUACCUUUUUACCUAUAGCGGAAUCAUCAGCAUGAUCAGUGAGAGGUAACCCUACAAAGUUCUGGAGGGCUUACUUCAAGGUAAUCUGUAGCCUUCAGCAUAAAUGUGUGGUGAUUUGCACCUCCCCCCCCCAAUUAGCACUUAUGGAGGGAAAUCAGGGGCUACUGUGAAUAGUUUCCUAAAAGGUCAGCUCAGUGUGUUACACUCAAAACAGGCAAAACUCUAGGAACAAGGGGGAUCAAAAAUAAUACAGGAAACAUGGUAAUGCCUUUAUAAAAUAAUUGGUACACCUGCCCGUUCAGUACUGUUAACAGCUGUGUUCACAUUUCAAAAAAGAUACAGUAGAGAAAAGCUAUGGAUUUUUGGUUCUCUAAGAUGUGGCAUGAAAAAGAUCAGCUCUCCUCUUCCAUUAAAAAAAAAAGACAAGUUCUUAUUUUGUGCAAAAAUUUUGCCUUAAUUGUAAAAUCGUAGUGAGAUUGUGACUAUUAUCAUUAGCAGAAAAUAGUGGCAGGAUUUGAAGCUCUCCAGAACUCUUCAUCAGGCAAGAUGCUACAUAAAGUAUGUAUGAAGAAAUGAGUGUGUGUGUGUGUGUGUGUUCGCAUGCAUACUUCCCUUCUUCUCCCCACUCCCUGCCCCUGUUUUGUAUAACAUCUUUCCUGAUAAAAGAGUUCUGGAAAGCUUGAAAGCUCCCACUAUUUUGUAACAUUUUGGUUGGUCCUUAUAAAAGUAUUGUCCAACUGUGGCAUUUUCUCUCUCUGAUGGACCAACACAACUACUUUCGCUUUUUAUGUUCCAUUACUUUAUUGGGUUAUUCACAUUUCCAUCAUUUUUUGUGCAUUCCAAAUAAUUUUUCUCUGCGUCUUUCUCACCACUACAAAUACUUUCACAUUUUCUUUGGCACUCUCCCUAACAUGGACAUCAUUAAUUACAGGUGCAAUACCAUGAAUAUGCUGCAUUAGAUUAUUUGAGAGAGGAACUUCAAGCUUUAUUUUGCUUGCAGUCCAUUAGCUAAAACAGAAUAAUAGAACUGGGCUGUUAAUUGUGUGUUGAUUCAUGAAGCAUUUCUCCUGGAAGGAUACAUUGAAUCUGGAACAAAUGUAAAGAACAAUCUCCAAAACUAGCCCGGGCAUGGAGAAGCACAGUUGACUGACAAUAUGAGCUAUCUUGGAAUCGGCUGUGCAUCCUGUCUUUGGAGGGUUGCACACUCAAGUUCAUGGCUUGGGGUGGUGUUGCAUGCAGGGCUGCUCCUGAAUGAGCAAGUUGGAUGGGCCUGAUCCACACCUUAUUCACAGCCAGACUGAAUUUUUGCAACAUGCUUUAUGGGAGCUGCCUUUGAAGAGUUCUUGAAAAUUUCAACUCAGUGAUUUGAAUGGACAUGAACCGCACAAAUAAUGUGCCAGUUUUUUAAUCAAUAACAUCAACAUUCAAUUGGCUUCUGGCCCCUAAAUGACCUGUGUUGAGAAUAUGUUAAGGCAGGGCUGAGGAGCCUUUGUCCCUCCAGAUGUUGUUGGACUACAAAAUCCAACGGCAUGGCCCAUGGUCAGGAACGAUGGGAACUGUAGACCAACAACAUCUAGAGGACUAUAGAUUUCCCAUCACUGCCUUAAGGCACAUGCAUAUACUUUUAGGCUUUUUAAAGGCAUUCCUAUGAAGCCCUGCUCCAGAUUCCUCCACUGGGUAUGGUGUGGAGUGGCACAAAAACUCUGGUGGGGAACUCUGUUUAAGAUGAGACUGACUUCCCUCCAUAGCCAGCAAAUGAGUUUAGGUCUUUAAGAUUCCUGGCUGAGUUUCUACUGACUUUUUUUCUUCAGGGACGGGGAGGUAAUGCUCUUUGAUUUUUGUCACAGUGGCUGAAUAUGAUGGAUAAAUUGUAUUUAUUUUUGCUCCACUGUUUCUAAUGUUUCCCUUUCAGUUGAUUUUGUAUUUCUUUUUUAUGCCAUGCUUAUAUAUUUGAAAUGGUUGCAAGCUACCUUGUAGGUUUUCUGGGGACAAAAGACAGGAUGGCAAUCUUUUAAGUUUCAAACAAUAAAUAAAUAUACUCACAGAUGAAGAUGGAUUGUGGAAUAGCCCAAAAUUGGACACCUGCAUAACGUGUGGAGGCAGAAUUUAUUUAUUUGUAGUUGUUUGAGUUUCAUAGUUCAGUGGUAGAGAACAUGCUUUGUUUAUAUAAGGUUUCAAGUUUGAUCCCUGUGUGUGACAUCCAGCUUUAUACUAGAAUUGCUACUUGGUUGUUAUUUGAAGUGCCAUCCUUUAUUUCAAAACCUCAUAGAAUUAAAGUAUUUUCCUUUCCAGACACUGUCCCUGAUCAUAUAUUACUCGACCGAUGGACUUGUCGUUGGGAAGCCAAAAUGUGUGAAGACCUAGCAACAUGAUGGUUUGAGUGAAGGGCAGCCUACAUGAUUCAGACUAAGAGCUGAGCUUGUGCUGGAGAACUUAUUAUUAUUAUUAUUAUUAUUAUUAGUUCUCUUUUGUUGUUUUUGUCAUAUGAAACACUGCUGGAAGGCUCGGCCCAAGACAUUUUGCUGCCUGAGGUAGGAUGGCAUCUCCUCCAUCCACAGAAAAUUACCUGAUUUAAGUUGAACUUUACUUUAAACCCUGACAAUGGGGCAGUUUCCUCUACCAUACAGCUUAGGGAAUGCAGGACAGGCUGCUGACACACAACUCUAUCCUCCAACAUAAAAGAAUGGCUGAGGAGCUCAGGAGGAGGCUACUAAUGGAGGCUGCUACUGUUAUCUCCACAACAUCUGCCACAUGAGGCAGCCAUCUCGCUCUGCCUAAUGGUAUAGGCAGAUCAGUCUGCAGGACACACGUGAUUUGCCUCCUUGAUGGCAGCUAGACUGUCAGGGUUUGAUACAAACCAGUAUACAGUUAGUCUUACUCAAAGUCCUAUUCUAAAACUAAGGAUCAUUAUUACCCUGUAUAGUGUGAGAGAAGAGAAGAAAAACAAGAAUAAAGGCGGCUUAGUACAUCACUUGAUGAGUGGUAGCGUUACAAAUCUAGCUGUGAAGAGCCAAUAUUGUGAGUCAGUGCCUUAGGGGAACACUGCUGCUUCCAUGGUAUUAUGUGUUCUGACCAGUAGAGAUUGGAUUCAGAAGAUCCAGUAGGAAGACUAAGCAGAGAACCAUUUUAAUAGCAUAUAAUUAUGACAUGUUGAGGCUUAGCCUUAGGCAGGAUUCAAAGGGGUCAUUUCCCCCCUUCUCUAUUUGGAGAAAUCUGAAGUGUUUUUUAAAAGCAGAAGCCCAGAAUCCAUGACAGUAAGAGCAAUUUAGCAUUGGCAAAAAUCCCUGUCCAGGAGCAAGAGAUCUUGGAUCACCUCCAAGGAGGGCAUGUGAUGUCUAGAGCUUUGAGUCUGGUGUCUAUCUGUAACCUGUAUUAAUAUAAGAGAUACAUGGCUGUGUGUAGUUUACCUUGAGUACUAAUAAAUCUGAAAUUGAAUUUUCUUUUUGGAGACGGUGGAUUAUUAAUUCCCAUAGUCAAUUACUAUGGAAUUAUGGAACAUAUGCCAAGGCAUACAUUCAGAAUCAGCUCAUUGCAUUUUCAGGUCUCACACCAAUGUUCCCUCAUCUUGCUUGCAUAGCUGCCUGAAUUGUUAACAAAAUACUACAUGCCUGACACAUAACUAAUAGUUACUCUUAGUUGAUUCUGUAUUAAAGUAUCAUGGUAGUUGUUGGGGUGAGUAGUCCAAAUGCAGGCAGAAUGGGUCUGAGAAAACAUGGCUCAUUGGACAAAAACAAAGUAACUUCUGGAUCAUGCUAUGCUUUGACUCCAAAGCAAAACAAGUCCUAGGUAUUUUAGUACACUACACAAAAUAUUGAAACAGAACUGGAAUGGGAAACUCCUCACACAUCCUCCUAGACUCUGGAACCUUCUGUCAAGGGAGACACUUCUACACCACCACCAGAAGGCAUAGCAAUGAAAACCUAAUUGAAAAUUUAGCAGAGGCCUCCUUCUAGGUUAUCCAGCCCAUGAUAUUCCUUCUGUAACUGAGCUCUUAGUCCUUAGCUCCCAAAGGACUAUUGAUCUCCUUAAUAAUACCUCACAUCUAGAAGUACCCUCCCACUUGCCCUUCAUUGCAAGACUCUAGUCAUUAACAUAUACUGUUAUUUUUCUUUCAAAUUUCUUAACAUGUGAGGCACAGUUUGCCCACCUAGAUAUAAUUGUUGCCGCUCCUGUGCCUCCUCAUAUUUUUUUUCCUGGUGCCACUACUGCAUAUAGGUAUGCUGGACUCCUUCCUUGCCUCUUCCCUUUUUAAAUGUCUUAGCCCAUCCUUGCCUACACAAAAUAUCAUGACUUCAUUUCUUCGGUUGUGUCCCUUGAGAAAGCUGUGUUAGAAACAAAUGUGGUGGAGAAUGAUCUGGGAAAUUUAUCUCAAACUCAAACCUGAUCAUCCAUACCAUCACUCAUCUAUAGGCAUUUUUGGCCACAUCUUGAUACAUGCCUUCAAGGUGUAAGCUUCAAAAACAGUCUUACUCCAAAGUUCAGACUUCUUGGCACUCCAGAAUCAUAUCCUAAGGAGCCUUUCCUCAUGAGGCAUUUCCUUAUACAAAGCAGGCCUCCUGGAGGUGCUGUAAAUGGCAUCCUAUCAACUCAGAAAGGCUGCCUCCUUUGUGGUGAUGUUUUCACACCACAGCCAGAAGGCAGGAGGAAAUAACUAUGUGCUAUGAAACCUAAUUGAGAAUAUAAGAAAGACCCCUUGAUGCCCUAACAAAGGCGUAAGAACAUCUUGUGAGAAAAGUCUAGACACCUUUUCAGAACUUCCCUGGAAAAAUAGUUCAAGGACCUCAUUUAUAGUCAUCAGAUUUAUGUUUUAUUCCAUCAUGAUUUUAGAAGAGGAUUGUUCGGAGGGAGCAUGUGGACUCAUAUAUCUGUGAAAUUGUCAUUUUUGGUAUUUUGCUGAGAUUGGGCUAAGGUGCCAAGGUGUCUCAUUAUUUAGUCAGUCUUUUGGCACAUGAAAGAGUAAAAGUGGGCACAGAGCACACUAUACAGUUUUUACCAUUGUGAAUCAGGAAACAGCCAGGACUCCAGGGGUCUCUGUGGAAACCUCUGCUACCCUGAGAUGCUUUACGUGUUUAGAAAGCUCUGGGUAAUUCAAAAAUUAUACCUACAAUGGUUAAUUUGAGGGAGGAAAAUGAGGAAAUUACAUUCAGCUGUGUGCCACAUCAAACUCGAAUGGGAUUAUAAGCAGCAUAAAACUCUGAAGCAGCAGCUUGUGUUGCCUAGAGAUGAAAUUGUUUCAGAGUGGCUUUGGGGUAGAAAAGCCUACUCGUGCCCCCUCUGUGGCUUAUUGUGAAGCAACAUGUUUCUCUCCUCUGUGUGGCUCUAGGUGCAAGUGCCACAGUAGAAUGCCAAACUGUAAAAGCUCCAGAUGGAAUUUCAAUUGCAGUGAACUCAGUAACAAACCUUUCAAUGACUUCAUGACACCAGAGUAUCACCAGGCCAUUGUAAUGGGAGAGGCUGCCCCCUUGAUAGGGUUACCAUGGCAUAAGUUCUCAUUCAACAGCAGUAGCCUAAUAACUGUGCAGACAUGAUGGGGGAUGGGGAAGCCUCACCGUGAACAGGAGGAAACCUGUCUAUUCUUGAAAGACAGUGUAUUGCUGUGUGGGAAUGAAUAGUCUUGCAUGGUUCUUUUAGGAUUUUAAUUUUCUUCAUAGAUAUAUGAAGAAUACACUGCAUAUCUAUCUAUAUCUAUCUAUCUAUCAUCUAUAUCUAUCAUCUAUCUAUCUAUCUAUCUAUCUAUAUAUGAGAGAGAGUAAUGUACAGUAUAUUAUCAUGUAAUUUAUUUAUUUUUUGUUUUAUUAUAUUUUUAUUGUUUCAUUGUAAGCUGCUUUGAAUAUUUUUAGGAGGAAUGUGGGGUAUAAAUAUAAUAAAAUAUGCCUGAAUGCUCAUGGGAACUAAAAUGUCAAAGCAAAACUACUCCAAGUAUCAGGGGUGGCCAAUUUUUUACUCAUUACCAGUGAUGUCAUGGGAACUAUUUAAGAGAUACUCAUGGCAGUCAUACACAUAUCUGCUGCUCUUGUGCUGGCUGCAUUGCUGGGAAGUAUUUAUUUAUAUAGGGGUGCAUCUACUCUGUGUUCUUUGCCAGGACUCUGCCUGAGACAUUUUGCAGAGCACCAAAUGGCAAACCUCUCCAAGCCAGUGUGCACAGUCCUCAAGGCUGGAAAAGUUAUUUUGUGCCUCGCCACCUCUGUGGCAGUAAAAAAUACAAAAGCCAAUGCAGUUGACUGUCAUUUCAUGAAUCCCAAAAUCGGCUGCCUGGGACAGCUGCCUCGCUCUGUUUAGUGCUAACUUUUCUCCCUUUGCCACAUUAAUUGCUACAAAGCAAGCAAAAAACUAGCUGUCCCGGAAAUCAUGAUGGGACAGAGAGAAAUGAAUGUGUGUACAUUCACAGUGACAGUUCUACAAUACUGCCUCCAGGUUUCUGGCAAAUUAUUGUUAGUAAACAGCCUCAUGGGUAAACCACACAGUACAUGCUGAUAGAUUUACUGCACACCCCUCAAUGUUUUUGCUACUGAAAAGCAGCCUCGGGAGGCUGCAGUUUUGAGUGGAGAAGGGAGAGGAGAUUAACCUGUUCCAGAUGAUCAGUGUUCCACUCAAAAUUGCCUCUCAAGCUGCUUUCUCCCCACAGAGUGACAAUGGGUACCCAUCUCCUUUCCCCUGAGCUGAAAACAGAGGGAAAUGGUCAACAGGUAAAGGAUUAUGCACCCCACCCUCUUGCUGCUCUGACAUUUAAAGCGCUUGCUUUCUUGGUCUACUUUUCAUAAAAUAAAAACAAUAAUGGGACUUUGUUCCACUUCUUUGUAUAUAGUCCAAACAAUGAAACUGUCAACAUAUAGGAAAUCUAUGAAUUUAAUCAUCAAACUACUUCCUCCAACGCUGUCUACAUAAUAAUUGUAAUUUUGAAUUCUCCAUCUUGGCUGCCUAAGGUGCUACAAGAUUCUGUUGUUCUUGUGGUUUGCUAGGAGCACAGUACACCACUCUCUAUUGUCCAUUCUGAUAUCCAAUACUUGAACUUUUAGCCAUUCCAAAAUAUUAGGAGGGAUGCCUCAAGCAUCCUGUUUAGCAAAUAUCCAUAGAAAGCAGCUUACUGAUUUUAGACCUUUGGAGCACACAUAUUUUACCAGUGCUUCUAUGCUACAAACAUUGCUGGUUCUUUUGUGUGUGUUUUUUAAAUUCUGAACUAGAAAUGUCCAUGUAUGGCAUUGAAUUUAGUUCUUGUAAACUUGGUAGGCAAGAACAUAUUAUCCCACACAUUUUUAAGGAAUGUGUAAUUCACACUUUGCAAGAUGAAUUAUUGUAUUUGUCAACAUGAUUGCCUUUAGGUGGGAGGGAACUAUGUGCCUACUAUCUACAUUGUUUCCUGGAGAUCUUCUUAGCAUUUUCUGGUGGAACAAUAGGAAAUCAAAGGGUGCAAAGACAUUUUCCUAAGCACUGUUGACUUAGUCUACUCCUUAAUUUCCUAACUUGUUUGCAGCAGGAAACAGCAGGAAGAGAAGGCAGGGAAACAGUAUCUUCUUUAGAUCCUUGAAAGGACAGUUCCUUGUAAAAGAUAACAAGUUUGUUUCCGUUAAUCAGCAAGACAUUCUGUGUUUGUUAGUGGUUGUGUUUUGUCUUACAUACCACAGAUACUGUCUGCAUCAAUCAGAGUUCCCUUGCUGCGCACGAUAUUAAUUUGUCAGGCUACUCACAUUUUUCUUUGUAUGUCAGUCAUCUAGACCAUGACUGUAAGGAGAGCUUUGUGAGAUGAUUUAGCAGCUGAAAUUAGCUUGCUGAAAAAGCAGGAAUGAAAUGUUCCAUACAACCACAGGUGGGCAUUUGUUUGUGGAUACCAAACAACUGAUUGUUCAAAGCUCAAAUUGUUUCAAUACAUGUGAGAAUUAUAUGAAUAUCAUACAGCCCAAGCCUUACCCAAAGGAAAUCUCCUCUGCAAAAUAACUCUCAUUCACAGCACACAAUAAUUCCAUCUAUAUAUAAUUCAUGCAACUGUGUCCAGCAAUGACUCCGGAGCAAAAUAUAUGCCUCCCACACUAGAGGCUUGGUCACAGUUAAAAGGGAGAGUUUUGCUUCUUAAUCAGGUUAAAUGGCUCAACUUAAUGGCUGAACCAAACCACAUGUGGCAGGGGUAGCUAACAUGGUAACCUCCAGAUGUUUUUGAACUCCCAAAUCCCAUCAGCACCAGGCAGCACAGACAAUCAUCAGGGAUGAAAGGAGUUGCAGUUCACAACAUCUGGAGGACACUGUGUUGGCUGUCUCUGACAUAUGGGGUGGGGUGAAAAGGGAGUAUCUUAACUGCAACUGAUAAGGGCCUCUUCACAUGUUACAAAUAUCCACAUAGAAGAGCCAUUAAUACACAGUAUCCUGGAAUACUGCUCUGAUGUCCAGGGUAGACUCUGGUUGCCAUGUGAAUUCACACUGGGUAGCCACAGCAGUCUGCAGUUUCCCAGCAUCACACACACGUAGCAACAGCAACAAAAAGUUCAUCCAACACAAUUUGCACAGUAAUUUCUACACACUCGCUGAUUUUUAAACAUAUGAAGCAGCCCUAUAAUUCGGGCAAAAUCUUAACCAAGCAGUAAUUGGAUUGACUUUAACUCCAUAUCCAAGGCUGCAGGCCAAACCAUUCCAAGAUCCAGUGCUGUUUCCCCAGAAAAAUAGGUGCCACUUCUCAACAUGAAGUUGUUACAGUGAGCGCCACACUUUUUAACAACAAAAAAGGAUGUGCCAGUACUGCAUACCCUUAAGUACCUCCUGAAAAAGGCACUGCCAAGAUCUACUUUCUGAUGCUUUUUCAUCUUCUUCUGCAAGCUUCUAUUGGUGUUGUUCUGAUUAUGUCAUCAAAAGUACCACAAAGUAUAUAUUUAUUUGUUGAGAUUUCCUAGUUAAAAGUUAUUAGCAGUAAGAUAAAGAUAAGCACUGCAAGAGCUGAUUGACAUAACAGCUUUGUACCAGACAAGCCAAUUAACAUUUGAUUAGCUUUGCAAAUCUGCUAGAACUUACAAAUAAAGUGGAAGGAGAUAGAAAAUAAUGUGUGAGGGGUGUGUGUGUGUGUGUGUGUGUGUGUGUGUGACUGAUGUUCUGUUUCCAUGUGACACCAAAGACUUUGAGUGAAGUUGACUUCCUCUUAUGUAACUGUUUGUGCAGACUGUGAUUCUAUGCAGCAGAGAUGGCCUGUGGCCUUCAAGAUGUUGUUGGAGUCCAAAUCCCAUCAGCCCUAGCCAGCAUAGCCAAUGGCCAGGGGUUAUAGAAGUCACAGUGCAGCAACAUUUAGAGGGCUCUAGCUUCCCCACCUCUGCUCUACAUAGCUGCUAGGGGUCGAGUCAUUUUUCACUGGACCACUUUCCUUACCACAGAAGAAGAAAAAGAAGAACAUGCUUCUCCAAAAAGCCCCAAAAAUAUUCUCGCUAGAAGGAGUUCCUGAAACUCAAGAAAGACCAAUCCAGCAAACUUUAAAGCCAGCCUUAAUUUCUGAUCAGAACAAUCCCUCCUGCCAUGUUUUGUGCUGCGGAUUUCAGACAAAGCUUGCUCUCAGUUUAAGAAAGCAGUCCUGCUGAGCACACUUACAAGAGCGUAGGUGCCACUGAACACAGAUGGACUUCAUUCUGAGUAAACGUGCCAAGGAUUGGGCUGCCAAUCUUUGUUUUGAAGCAAAGCUUAUUUAUUUUGACAAAAUUAUAUCCAUUCCCCCCAACCCUUAAAAAGAAAACCCAGAUGGACAGACUGCUCCUUCUGCUUGAAGGAUGAUCAUGUGGGAUUUACAGUUUAAUUGUAAGGACUUGCGGCACAUCCAGCGGAUAAGUGACAGAGGUGAAAGUCUUGCUGGCAGCUUGGGAGAAGUGCUGUAAUGAGGCAAAACUCCCAACCUGAUCUAAUUUAGAGCCAAGCGGUGCUUCAGGAAUGUGCAAUAAUUAAUCUUUUUAUUUAUCCACUGUGAACAAAGGAAAUUAAGGGCGAGAGGAAUAAGAUUAAAAUGGGCAGACGUGUAUUUCCUCUUAAGGACCCUUGUAGUUGCGUUCCUGACAGCUAAGGUUCAGAAAGACAGGACCAGAUGCGAAGGAGGAGAAAUCUUUACUUCUCUUUUGCAGAGCCGGGCAGGAUGAUCCUCAGUCUAAUUGCAGAGUAAAUGUCCUCUGAGCUGAAUAAAUGUCUGAUGCACACAUACUUCAGGGGACAAUGGAAACAGCCUCAGACUGACUGGAGGCCUUGUAGUUACCUCCCUAUGGGGGAAAUGCUGUUUUUAUCACUGGCACAGACUAAGACUCAUUUGCCUUGGACAUAACAAGAGUCCUACUCCAAAGCAGGAAGAAUGUGUUGUGGCUCAAUCAGUCUCACACCAUACACACCUGACCUGGAAAUGUUUGCUAUCUACCUCCUCCAACCUUUUGCUACCUGUAAGCACCUAUCUCAUCUUGUCCAGCAUGAUCACCCCACUUGUGUUGUUUUCUGAUAGCAUUCAUGGGGAGGCACAUUCUGAUAGUUCAGAUACAUCGGUGAUUGACCAGAGCUGCCUCUUCUCAGCCCACCAAUUACAGCUGUGUAAGGAGUUGGGCUACCUGUGAAAACCUGGGAAGAUGACAGACAGGUGGGGUCUUCAGGAGACUUAGGAGCUGGGAGAGAACAGAACAUCUAGAACAGGCAUCCCCAACCUUCAGCCCUCCAGAUGUUUUGAACUACAGUUCCCAUCAUCCCUGACCACUGGUCCUGUUAGCUAGGGAUCAUGGGAGUUGUAGGCCACAACAUCUGGAGGGCCGCAGGUUGGGGAUGCCUGAUCUAGAACAAUGAAACUGUUGUAGGAAAGGGGUUUCUCAUGUGAUUCUCUCCACCCGCUCCCAGCAGAAGUCUAGGAAAAGGACAAAGGUAGAGGUGGAUACAGGACUUUUUAAUUGCAUUUCCCUUUUUGUUCUUAGGGUGAGCAGUACACCAUCCCCAUGGCAGAGGAGCCUUUCCUGCCAGAAUAACUGUGGACAAUUAAAUUACCUGCUGCUCCAAAAGGCACAUCUGCAUGACCUUGUCCAAGCCCUUGCUAAAGCACCAGGAAUAGUUGCAGAAAUGCCGCCUCGAGAGCUGACGACAUCUAUGUAGCAGCAAUACUUACAGAAAAUGUUUUUUCUCACACCAGCUCCCCCCCCCCAGCUGUUUCUUAUUCCCAUCAGCUUUUGCAAGGAAGUGUCCAGUUUUUUUCAUAUGCAUUUACUAGAAGUGCUCAGUGAUGGUGAUUCCCCUAACAAUUACCAUGACUUUCUUCCGCGCAUGCCCUGUCUGGAUCUGGUUUCAUCCCCAAAUGCUUUUUGUGGAUUUAUGUUAUAUUUGUUCCCUGUUCCCUUCAUCUUGGCAUCUUGACAACGUAUUGGUAAAUUCCCUAUUACACACCAAUUAAAACCAUUUUGAUGAAUUUGAGGCACCAGCAAUGUAUUCUACGCAGCAUCGAAUUUAAAAAUUAUAGGGGAAAACUGAGCAUAUACAGGGUAUAGGUCAGUCAUGAAUAAAGCCUUUGUCUCACAGAAUAGGUCUAAUUGUCAUUUCAAAUGACAGUAGCAAAUGUUGCCCUCCCUUUCUAUGGCAGCAUGUUCUGUGGUGUGUGCAGAGCUCUCUUUAAGUAGCCACUGAAAUAUAAUAUUAAUAGCAGAGGGCACUAUGUGAUAAUUACUGGUAUAGUUAUUAUAUAUUGGGAAACAGACAACUGCAUUUAAGUCCUAUAUAUAUUGGGGAAUUUUUUCCCCCAUUUUGGUAAUAAUUAACACUAUAUGUUAUGAUAAAAUUAUGGUUCACAGAUUUGCUUAUACUGUGUAGAGCAACUGACUUUGCAUCUUCUCAGAUGAACUCAAAGAGUAAUUGGUGGGCCAGACAUCCAUCUUCUCACUCCACCAGUGAGUUCAGUUUCAAGGCCUAAAGGACUAAUGUUCACAUGUUCAGGAAAUCAAUGAUCUUCUGAAACCAUUGGCCUUUUGGAACUUAAUUGCUACUUCUGAGCCUAAAAAUUAUACACUGGAACCUUUAGAUAGCUGUAAAUUACAGACUUGCUCCAUCUCUUCUUCUUCUUCUUCUUCUUCUUCUUCUUCUUCUUCUUCUUCUUCUUCUUCUUCUCUUCCUCCUCCUCCUGCUCCUCCACCACCAGCACCACCUUCUUCUCAUUCUCAUUCUCCUUCUCCUCCUCUACAACAUUUCCAGAGCUUUCUCAAAAUUCUGAGAUGUGUGCUGCUAACCAACCUUCAUCUUGUCCCAUUCCCAAGAACUCUCACUGUUUCUCCCUCUCCAAUAGUCCUCCUCUUGAUUAUCUCUGUUGCCAUCAGCUUCUUAAUAACAGUUCUCCUGCUGCAGCUUUUCCUUCCAUGCCUAUCCUCCCAUCGACACAUUGUCAAUGUGAGAUUUAAGCAAUACAGAAGCAGUGACUACCCAGGGGUAGAGAGAGGAUGAGAUGUGGGGGGUGGAAUACUGACAGAAUAUGGCAGGUCAUGAACAGAACUUAGUGUGUCUGGUGAUAGGAUGGAUAGCCCCAAAUCUUUACUAUGCUGGAUUUUCAUGCCAUGAUGCCUGCCCAAAUAUGUAUGAAAUAUGUAUGAAAACUAUAAGACUGAAAAUAUAUGCUGCACUUUUAUAACACAUCUUAAUUGAAAUUAAUGAACACACAAAAUUAAUGAACAUCUUCACCCUAUACCUGGAAGUAAACCCCAUUGAUUGAAUGGGACUUACUUCCAAACUGAUCAAUAGUGUAUAUAGAUGGUUCAAUUCUUCCUGAAGCUCCUAGAAACAAUAUAUGAUUGUGAUGAUGAUAAUGUUAAUGACAACAGAUGACAUGGUAACAUAUUCCUAGUAAAUAAAACAGAGUAGUCUGAGCAGAUGCAUAGGAUUAAUGUUGCAUUCUUAAAAAUAAGAUAAAAAAGUGUUCAUUCAUGAGUCAGAUCAUAGAUGAUCCCCUUUGCUGCAUACACGGCAAUAUUUCAUCUGAAUGGGUUGAAUUGCAUCCUUGCAAUUUUAUUGUGAUCCAUCUCUUGAACUGAAACUGGGCUCCAGAAUAUUUUUUUUAUAAGAAUGUGAUUGUUCAUUCAGAUGAAACAUCUGUAUGACUGUGCUCCCAUAGAAAUAGGUCCAGAAACCAUAGUGAAGUGUUAUAUCAGAAGUGGCAUACAUAAUUUUGUUCUCGUUAUUUGUUGCAAAUGGCAACUGAAAUGUUUUAGAUUAAAUCCUUGGACAAAGAUCGUUAUACUCUGACACACAGCUAUGUUUGUUAAAUUUAGAGCAUGGAUUCCUCUCAGGGUAUGUAAGCUAUCCUCUGGGAAUGCUCCUCAAUACAAGCUUGCGCUCUCUAUUUUUGGAAAUAAUUAAACUAUAGUGUAAGGAGUUAUUAGACUAAAUGGCGAUGUAAGCCCCAAAAGCAAAAUAGUUGACAUUCCAAUAUUAUGCUCUUGGUACAGUGUCACACAUUAUUUCUUUCAGCUCCAUUAAAAAUGAAAUUAGAUUCAGUGGAAGUCUAAAAGGUAGGCCUUUGUGAUGUAUUAAGCAAAGGUAUUUGGGUAGAUUAGGAAAUAAGUACUGUUUACAAUUGGCUGUUUAAAAGUGUAAAUCCUUACUGGCACAUUGAUUUUCAGAGUAAAACUGCUCAGUACUUAAAGCAUAGCUCAAGCUUAUCAUCAGAAUCAACAGUUAUAAAACUGAAUUUUGAAUCUAAUGGCGUAUAUAAUAUGAAAUCUGGUUUGUUGUCGACCUUAAUAGAGAACAAAUGAAAUACAAAAAACAUAGGGAAAUAAGCUACUGCUCUGACGUUAGCUACUGGGAAACUAAGUUUGCCACUGAUUGUAUAUCUUUCUUUAAAUAAAUGCUUUGCGCAACUCCCUAUCCGUUGCAGCUCCUUCUCAAGGUGUUGUAAAAACCGAGAAACUGAACAACCCUAAAGCAUAUUUAUACAGAUUAAAUGGUUUCUAAUACUCCAAAGAGCACUUAAUCUGCAUGAAUGUUCUUCAUGUAGCUACGUGCCUCUAAAACUUGAAUAAGAAGCCACAGCACUUUUGAAAGUAUGCAGUAUAUUUUUACUUUAGCAAAUCAACCAAAGGGGGGGGGACCAAAGAACUAUUAAUUGGCUUGCCAAACAAUUCAAGAUCCAGCUAUUCAGAGGAACACCACCUUUGCCCUUUGCUCUCCAUCUACCCUUGAUGGACAAAGCUUUUAGGAAGCUUCAGUUCUCCCAUCUUUACCUGUCAAGUCUUUAGAGGAGCUAAGCUUGGAGACGUUUCUAAGAAGUGGUUCAUAAAUGAAAUAAAGAACGCCACAGCAGCCACUGCCUUCUUGGGGAUCUUGGAUUGGUCUGAGAAUUAAUGGUAUGUUUUAGAAGAAAAGGGGUGAUCUGGAAUGGGCUGAGCAGUAGCAGCCUGCAAUGCAGACUGACAACAGAAUUCUGCAGAAAACAGAUAAUUUUGAAUACUUGGGCACAAAGGGUGAUAUCCCACCUUAGUCAUAAUCAGGAGUCUGACCCAUUGAAAUAAGGGAUCACCCACACUUCUGCUUGUCCCAUGCCAAGAAAGCUUGCAUCUGAGCAGUUUUCUGCUUGUCCUGUGAUUUCUAUGUGUGGGUCCGAAUGGCUUCACUCUGGUCCUGCUGCUUUCCCCUGAAAAACCCACUCUUCGGUGAUAAAUCAGAACAAACAGCAAUUCACAGAAAACUCAAUUGCCAUUUUCUCCGAUUCAGCGCUAAACUGCAGGUUUUCUUGGGUGGGGCAAAGCAGCUGGGUCAAACAGAAGUGUGGCUGGGCCCUAAAUGGACUUGAGUUGCUUUUAUGUAAAAGCCAAGACAGAUGUGAUGUGGAAGAUCAGUCACUCAAUCUCCUAAUGUAAGAAAAAGGCUAGGGAAGGCAGUGUUUAAUCCUUCCCCAAUGUCAUUUCUCCAACUGAAAUUGCCACCCACCUUGAAGCUGUUAUUAACCUUGCUGGAGGGCAGGGGAAAUAGGUACCAUAUCAUUUCUGAUUUAUUUAUUUUUUACUUAUGGGGUCAAAUGGCAACUUUUGAGAGAACAAUAGUAAUGGGAGGGGCAUAAAGACUUACACACACUCUUUCCUAGCAUCACUCUCCAGAGCCAACUGGAUUUCCUUCCCCACUGAUGCUUUUAAUAUCGGAAGGUCCCAUCACAUAUCUUCUACGUCACAUGUCCAAUGUACAACUUAGUUACCAAUGGGAACAAAAAUAUAUUCCAGGAGCAUCACCCUCAGUAUUCCUACCUUUCCCUCCAAGUAGCUCAAAGUGGUCACAUGGUUCUCCCUCUACUCAUUUUAUCCUCAUAACAACCCCAUGAGGUGGGUUAGGAUGAGAGAGAGUGACUGGCCAAAGUUCACCCAGUGAGGUCAUGGCUGAAUGGGGACGAACUCCAGCCUGCCAGGUCUUAGCCUAACAUUCUGACUGCUACACCACUCCGUUUCAUCACCGGGUCUACAUGGAGCACAUCUGCUUCUGCAUUACCUCCCAGCAACCCAUCUUUAUUGAUGGUCAGUGUAGCUUACACAGAGAAAUAAGAUGUGAUAGCCGGUUACCUCUCAUUAACCAACUGUGGACGUAAUAAAUUAGACAUGCAAUUUAAGUACCACAUAUUUCUUCUUCUUCCAACAUUCAAAAGCAGUAUUGGCAGAAUGCAAAGGUGAGCAGAAGAAUGGGGAAGAGGCUGUACAGACUUGUAUUUGUAUUUGUUUCCCCCCUCAAAAAGUGUCCUCCAAGAUGCUGUAGUUGGCCUGAGGCGAAAAACAGAACACAAAAGCAGCUUUCAGAUGAUUUUGGGCAGGGAAAUGACCAGAGGGAGAAAGCACCUGUCUCCAUCACCAUUCUUCCAUGCAAACUCACAGCCACCCAGCACUGAUAUUGGAAGAAAGACAUACACAAAUUACAGGACAAUUCUGGUUUUCCCCUGAGUUUAUAUGCUAACUGUGCAUUCAAUAUUAUUAGUCCAAUAUUAGUAUUAUUAGUAUCAAUGUUACGCAUCCUUUACCUUAAUGUCCCAGCGCAGAUUACAACAAUAAAACAGUUUAAAACAAUUUUCAAUCACAAGAAUAAGAUGGGUCCUAAAAAUGUACCCCACAAGUGUUAAAAGCCAGGUUAAAGAGGUUGCUCUUCAGAAUUCAGUGGAAGCUGUAUAAAGGGUGGGCCAGUUUGUUCACCAGCUUAUUUAGCUCAGCCAAAAGGCUAGAAAGAGGGGUUCAUCUUACAAUGCUUUUACUGGUGUCUGAAUGAAUGGGUCUCAUGAAUCAAUAAUUUAACAGAGCUGGGGCAGGUGGCGGCGGUGCCAGAGAAUGGAAGAUACAGCAAACAUUUCACCACUUCUUUGCUGCUAACAGUCUGCAAAGCCAGGGAGGAAAUAAAGCGGGGGAGAAUAAAGUGCAUAAUACCAGUGUUUAAGAGUGAGAUUGGAUGUAUGCAAACUCUCUAUAGGUGAUUCGUGUUGCUAUGGCAGAAGCACUUGAAAGCCUAAUGAAAUACGGCCGAAUCCAUUCUGCAGAUCUGCAUGCAAAAUUCAAAAUCAGCUAAAAUACAAACAAAGCUCACAGUAGCUCUGCUGUGCCUCUGCAAGCUUAAGGGUGUGUGGAAACUUGAUGUACGGAACAAGUGGCAAAUAUUGAAUACAAAGUACUUUUCCAGUAGUUGGAUCCCAGAGCUGAAUAAAUCUCUCCAGUAAGCAGUGCCCAAGGCUUAAACAGCAUCUGAAAUGAAAAAGAUACAUCUGUCAACUGGUAUGUAGAACAGGAGGUAAACGACUUGCCUAAAUGAGUGUAAACACGAGCAGUCCAAUGCAGAGGAAGCUAAAAAUUAGGUAAAGAGAAAUUCUGAAGGCACCAGAAGAGAUAAAAGUUAACAACGAUCUGAAGAAGACACUUGUCCCCAUUUUUGUUUCUUACUUCAUGUUGUUUCAUUUUUAAUAGUUCAUUUAGUAGGCAAAAGUGGAAAUACAGUGCACUCCUUUCAUAAAGGUAAAGGACCCCUGGACCGUUAAGUUCAGUCAAAGGCGACUAUGGGGUUGCAAUGCUCAUCUCGCUUCAGGCCAAGGGAGCUGGCGUUUGUCCACAGUACUAGCCAUUGGGAGGAAACCAGAUUCAUCAUCACCACCAUCAUCAUAAUUUAUUAUUUAUACCCCACCCAUCUGGCUGGGUUUCCUCAGCCGCUCUGGGUGUCUUCCAACAAAAUAUUAAAAUACAGUGGUCUGUUAAACAUCAAAAGCUUCCCUAAACAGGGCUGCCUUCAGAUGUUUUGCAUUGAUAAUCAUGCCUAGCACAUUGUACCUUUGUAGCUUAAUUCAGUGCAGUUAGCCAGUGAUCUAUGUUUUUAGUUAUAUGAGGGUUUUAUUGUAUACAUAAUUAUUGUAAACUUUUUUUAAAAAAAUGAAAUUACAGUAUACAAGUAUUUUAUACAUUUCCUCGUGAAAUAUAUUCUGCAUAUGCUAUGCUUAAGAAUGCACAGAUAAUACAAUAAUACACAAAGAAAAUCAGAAACAUUGUUAGAAGCAAUUUAUAUAAAUUCAAUUAGGAGAUACUGACUAACAUUAGUGAUGCGGCAAUUACAAAAAGUGAGGGUGGGACAAAAAGAGUGAGGAAGAUAUAAACUCCUCAUUGAGUUGCUGUGCACUAGAAAUUUGAUAAUAGUUUCCCAUUUCAAUAGCCAAAGAAACAAACAAAACCACAGCUACCACCCAACCCCAAUAUGAUAGAAUGCUCUUUGAGUGCUACUGCUUGUUUGGAGAAUUUAGUAUAACCAUUUGAAAAUAUGGGUGGACGGUUGUUUUGUGAGUGUUUUGGGGACACAUUAAACCCAUAGCUUCUCAGACUCACAUCCAGAGUGUGUCUACUGACCACAUAUUACUUUUAGCUUGCAGGCUACAAUGUGUUUUUCACCAUACUUGGCUGCAGUUUCAAACAUUUCUUCUGCUUUACCUUCUGGUGACAAUUUGGGCAUGUGCCAUUUUGUCUCUAACAGGUGGUGUACGUGCCUAACGAAAUAAUAUAGUAAUAGGUAAUAGGUAUAACUGGAAUGGAUAUACCGAAAGAAUACAAAAAUCUGUUUACGUACACAACAACAGCCACACGGACAUUGAUAUCCCAACACUGGAAAGAAGAAUAAGUCCCAACUAAAGAAGAUUGGUAACUUAAAUUAAUGUAAUAUGCUGAAAUGGCUAAAUUAACUGGAAGACUAAGAAAUCAAGAAGACAACAUAUAUAUAUAUAUAAUGGAAAAUGUUUAUUGCAUGUAUACAAAAGCAUUGUGAAGAAGUUAAUACAAUACAAUAGCAGGUCCCUGCUCCUGCCAACCUAGCAGUUCAAAAGUGCUAUAAAGUGCAAGUAGAUAAAUAGGUACCGCUCCGGCGGGAAGGUAAACGGCGUUUCCGUGCGCUGCUCUGGUUUGCCAGAAAUGGCUUAGUCAUGCUGGCCACAUGACCCGGAAGCUGUCUGCAGACAAACACCAGCUCCCUUGGCCUGUAAAGCUAGAUGAGUGCCACAACCCCAGUGUCUGUCAUGACUGGACUUAACUGUCAGGGGUCCCUUUACCUUUACAAUACAAGAUAAGAUAAAAGAACCAGGGGAGGGAAUGGAGGGAAGUCAAGGGAUCUGAGUAAUCCCAAAAUAUGGAUUUAAUAAGGUGUGAAAAUGUUUUAUUUUCUAUUUUUUUAAUUGUAUUUGUUUGUUAUGGUGCAUAUGAUGAAAAUGUUUAAAUGUGAAAAUUAGUUUAAAAAAUUAAUAAAGAAAUAAAAAUAAAGAAAUAAUACAGUGGACCUUUUGUCACUCAGUAGGUUGCCUGCUGUAAAUGCAGACCUCAAAAUACAACUGUCAUUGCCUACCCUCUUAACUGCUGCUGCAUGCAGCACAAUGGUUAACAAGCUGCCUCUCAAUUCAUGGACACUGACCACCUUACCAGUUUCUUGUUGAGCCUCAUGUCAUCGUUCUUACUAUCCUUUUGCUGCCAGUUAUUGGCAUUCAACAUCAGCAAUGUGUGUUUUCUGAGCCUGUGGUGCAUGAAAACGAAUCAAUCGGCAUUUGACUGUAUUCUUUUUGUAUCAUGGUCACUUGUUAUACCACCCUAUUGAAGGUGUUCUGCUCCAGAUCCUCUCCAUGUGCCCUGAUCUCUUGUUUGUGUUUGGUUUUUGUAUGAGCCGCUACAAAAGUAUCACAGUUUCCACCCUGUCAGUUUGAACUCAGAAAAGGAAUAUUAGAUUAACUGUCGAGAUGUUGCAAGGGAUAGAGCAGUGCAGUUGUAGUAUCUGCUGCCAUUUUUACCACUGCUACCUCCUCCUUCCCCUGUGCAGGUGUGGAGGAAGGGGGGUGCGGUGGGUGCGGUCCAUCCCGGGUGUCAGCACUGAGGGGACAUGACAAAAUGCUAGGUGGCACUCACCGCGGGGCCUGCAGCAUGCCAGGGCUAUGCGUCUCUCCUGGGAGAGACGCAGUGGCUUUGGUGCGUGCAGGCUCUGUGCUGUGCAAACGGUCCACCCACUGUCUCCCCCCCAACUGUAGGGCAGCUGAGUGGGAGGAGGCAGGCAGACUCCAUAGGCCCCACAGUGCGCCCCACCCCUAGGUGCUGGAACGGCUUCCUCCGCUGCUGCCCGUGUGCCCACAAAGGUCUACCAGAUAUACCCUGAGCAAGAGAAAGGAAAGGUGCUCUAGCAGCUCAACAGAACAUCAUUUCUUACCAACGAGGAGACUGGAAUUACAAGUUCCACCACACCAACCAGAAAGUGACACUGUUCGUGUCUAUUUUUAUACCUUGGUCUUGAGAUGUAUAUUUUCAUUUAACACUGAUUGAGAGAGAGAGGUUUCAGAAUGAGACAGGCUUAACAGUGGUUAAGAAAGUGAAAUACUUGGGGAUUAACAUGACAGCAAAAAAUGGGAAUUUAUUUAAAGACAACUAUGAAAAAUGCUGAGCUGAAGUGAAAAAAGAUUUAGAAAUUUGGUCAAAUUUGAAGCUUUCACUGCUGGGUCAUAUUGCUGCGAUAAAAAUGAAUGUAUUGCCUAGAAUGUUGUUUUUGUUUCAAACAUUGCAAAUUGUGGACAAAAUGGACUGUUUCAAGAAGUGGCAGAGAGAUAUUUCUAGAUUUGUCUGGCAGGGCAAGAAGCCUAGAAUAAAAUUUAAAAUACUAACAGAUGCAAAGGAAAGAGGUGGAUUUGCCCUACCAGACCUUAAACUUUACUAUGAAUCAGCAACUUUUUGCUGGUUGAAAUAAUGGCUGCUUCUUGAAAACACAGACAUUUUGGAUUUAGAAGGUUUUAAUAAUGUAUUUGGAUGGCAUGCAUAUCUGUGGUAUGAUAAGAUCAAAGCACAUAAAGCAUUUAAGAACCAUAUUGUCAGGAAAGCAUUGUUUAAUGUCUGGAUAAGAUAUAAGGAUUUAUUGGAAAAUAAAACCCCAAGGUGGCUGUCACCAAUGGAAGCAAAAGCAUUGAAAAAGCUCAAUAUGGAGGCCAAAUGGCCAAAAUAUUGGGAAAUUCUGGAACAAGAGGGAGACAGAUUGAAACUGCAGAGUUUUGAGAAACUAAAAAACAAAGUGCGAGAUUGGCUUCAUUAUUAUCAGAUAAUGGAGGCAUAUAAUUCGGAUAAGAAAAUUGGCUUCCAGGUGGAAAAAUCAAAAUUAGAAACAGAACUGUUAGAACCCAAAACUAAGACUUUAUCGAGGAUGUAUAACUUGCUGUUGAAAUGGAAUACUCAGGAUGAAACGGUGAAAUCCGCUAUGAUUAAAUGGGCACAAGAUGUUGGACAUAACAUAAUGAUGGCUGACUGGGAACAGUUAUGGACCACAGGUAUGAAGUUUACGGCAUGUAAUGCCUUAAGAGAGAAUAUUAUGAAAAUGAUUUACAGGUGGUACAUGACACCAGUCAAGCUUGCAAAAAUCUAUCAUUUGCCCGAUAAUAAAUGUUGGAAAUGUAAAGAAACUGAAGGUACAUUCUUUCACCUUUGGUGGACGUGCCCAAGGAUUAAGGCUUUCUGGGAGAUGAUCUAUAAUGAAUUGAAAAAAGUAUUUAAAUAUACCUUCUUGAAGAAACCAGAGGCCUUUCUCCUGGGCAUAGUCGGCCAAUUGGUGCCAAAGAAGGAUAGAACUUUUCUUAUGUAUGCCACAACAGCAGCAAGAAUACUCAUUGCAAAGUAUUGGAAGACACAAGAUCUACCCACUCUGGAAGAAUGGCAGACGAAGGUGAUUGAAUACAUGGAACUGGCGGAAAUGACUGGCAGAAUCCGAGACCAGGGAGAAGAGUCGGUGGAAGAAGAUUGGAAGAAAUUUAAAGACUAUUUACAGAAAUAUUGUAAAAUUAAUGAAUGCUAGAAUGAUGUUGGAUAGAAACUAAAUGGUUUUUAGCAGAAAUAUUAUAAGGGAAUAUGAAAAAUGGAUUACUAACCGGUAAAAAUUUAAUGUUACAAUACUUUAAGAUUAGAGAUUAGGAUAAACAAAGAGGGGAAGGAUUUGCUGAACCAACAAACUGAACUGGAAUACAAAAAAGGGAGGCGUGAGGAGGUCCAGGAAACAAGCUAAUGAAAAAUAAGUAAUUGAAAGAUUGACUUGUUUUUAACUAAUUUUAUUUUGUAUUUUUAUUUUUUCUAUUUUUAUUUUGUAAUAUUUUGAAAAUCUUAAUAAAUAUCUUAUAAAAAAAGAGAUGUAUAUUUUCAAUACUCACUCCAGUUGUGAUUUUAAUUUGCUUUGAAGUUUUUAACAUUGUAUUUUACAUUGCUGAGAGCUACUCUGGGAUCUUGUGGCAAAGGGUGGGUUGUUGUUAUUAUUAUUACUAUUAUUAUUAUUAUUACUAUUAUUAUUUCAGUCUGCGUUGUAUUUCUGAUUGUAAGAAGUACAGGAUACACAUUUAAGGCAUGAACAACACAUACUAAAUUAUUAAAAUAAUACGUAAUAGAUUAUUCAUAAUGGAAUUCCAGGAGAAACCUAAAUCCGGUUCAUAGCUGUCUCCAGUGUUGUGUAUGUUUUGGCAGGAUGUCGACUCCACAGAGUCAUUAUAGAGCAGCCCAUGCUCAUGCGGGAAGCAGCGUUGAGCACCAAGGCCCACUGUUGUGUUUUGCUGAAAUUGGAUGGCGGCAUCACAGAUUCAGAUCUGUACAAAACCACAAAGCUUCAGAGGCAAUGCUACUGUCCUCUAUCACAGUUCAGUGGAAUCAGCAAGGUUUGACUCUGAGUAGGCAUAACCAGGAUUCCCUGGGUAGGUGGUGAAGAUAGAAUUAAACUAGGUUAUGUUGCCUGCUCAGGAUAGAAUACACCCCUCAACCUGGUAGUCCUUAGGUUGAUAUCGAAAAGAAACCUUAAUGAGGAAUGAUUUCUAGUGCACCACUGUCAUUUUCUUGUCACGCUGGACUCAUUUUCCUAACACAAUUGCCUGAUUCAGGAAAGAUGACUUUUCUCAACUUUGAGGAAAUAAAAAGUAUGUGCCACAAACUCCCUGGGCAUAUUAAAGCCAGGAUUCUUGACAGUUAUUUUCCCAGGGUUCUGCCACUUGACCUUCUACUUCCUGUAGAGAUGAAACCUUAUGGGAAUCUUCGAAUCUUCCACUUUGACCCAAAGUUUAAUCUUUUCUGCCUGCUCCUCUUGUGCCCUUUCCAGCAGAUGCUUAUGUGUUAUCUGUUGAACAGAGUCGGAAAGGUUGCUAACCAGCUUUCACCUUAUCGUCAUACCAACAAUUCAUUGAUUCUGAGGUCUCAAAGGAAUGUUGAGAUCAUCUAGUUUGACCUUCCAUACACACAGAGCAUUCAAGUCUCUCCCAGCUAUUACUCUAUCAAGUGCACUCACUUGCCGGGUGAAUGCUUUUCCUUUACAGUGGUAUUCAGCCUCUGUCUGCCUCAGUGGAAGGAGCUGGGUGGGAUGGCCGUCAGCAACUUUCCAAGUUCAGCUCAACAAUUCUGUCAUUCAUCAUUUCCGUACACAAAAGCUAAGGGCACAAUUCAGCCCUUGUGUAAGCUUUGUACAAGCUCUUCUACAGCCCAACACUAAAUAUGUUUACUUAGAAGCAAAUCCCAUUGAGUUCAGAAUGGCUGAUUUCCCAGAAAUUAUUAUCAGGAUUGCAGUGAGAUUUAACAGUUCUUAACCUGGACUGGUUCCAGUGAGAUAUUUCAAAUUGGUAUGCAAGUUGAUUAUUAAAAGAGAGCAAAGGUUCAGCUCAGUCUCUGUUGACUGCCAUCAGCUAUAAACUAGUGUCUGAUUAUGGUAGAUGACCCUCUCAAGACUGAAUAUAAAGUAAGAUGUGAAGCAGUUUUGGCCACCCCCUUCCUGACAAACUAGACUUCGAGGAAACCACUGCCCAUUGAGACUGAUACAUUAAAUAACUCUUCCCUGCACUGUGAAUGAUAUCAUCGGUUGCUACUUUUGUGCACAGUUAAGAGUUGCUACCUUUGCAACGCAGCCCACAUUUUCUUUUAAUACUCAUGAACGAAAGUGUAUUGUUAUUCAAACAGUAAAAAAAGGAAAAAAAUUAAAGACUGUUCCAGCAGUAGCCAUUGUGUGUGAGAGCUUUUACAAACGGUUUUCUUAAUGUCAAUAGCAUGCAUAUAUCAAGGACAUCUCCCAUUAAGAGCUCUACAGGGGUGAGAUGCUUACAGCAUUAGGUCUCCUAACUUUGGGGAAUGCAUGCAGGGAAAUGGCUAUAAAUGUGUGUCUUUAUUAUGUUAGAAAGGCAUUGGAUGUAUGAGAUAUGUCAUUCUUGCAGUUCACAUGCCUUGCGCUCAUAUGUGACCCCUCCAACAUCACAAAGAUGCAUUUGUUUGCAUUCGCCUUUUUCCUGGCAUCGCCCAAGCAUGCGUUUUCAAAAUGUCAGUAAGGAAGUAUAAAACUGGAAGCAUUCAGCACUGUAAAGGAAUUGAAAGCAUUUGUAACUGUAAAUGAGGGCCUCCUUUUUGAUAUCUAUAAGCUGCUACUGCAUGUAAGAACUCUGGUCCAUGUCUUCAGUGUGAUUCAUUCCUUCAUGAGACGAUACAGAAUUUUGAGCAUGAAUUGUAACAUUUACUCGGUUUCCCCCUCUACAAAAAGAACAGCUAGUAAAUAAAGCUGGUCAGAAAUUAUUCACGCCCUUUUGUUACUCCAAUGUUUUCUGUAGUUCUGUACAGCUCUGUGGUUGGACAACAAAUGGUUCCCAAUGUAAAUUUGAUGUUCCCCAUUGCAUUUCCCCUGUUGCUUGAGAUCAGGCAUGCCACAUGACACCCUUUACAUUUCCUAACUCGAUGCAUUAACUCAACCUGGCUGGCACAAAAUAUUCAGACUGUGCUUCUGAAGCCCACUUUUCAUAAACGUUAUAUAGCACCCAAAUUGGUUGGCAUGAAUAUUCAGGGAGGCAAAUACAAAUUGUGAAAGGGGUGGGAACAUGACUGGAGCAAACUCAUUUAAAAACAUGAGCCAUGACUUGCAUUUUCCCAGUAUUCUUCUGGCUAGAUAUAAAAUAAGUUUUAUGUGAGAAUUUCUUGCCAGAAAUAUCUUUCUCAAUAGGGUAUGCUUUCCAGAAUAUAUAUCAAGUCCACGUCUGAAACUAUGGAGCGGUGUAUGUGUGUGUGUGGGGGGGGGUGUUUACAAGAAAAUGAAGCCAGUCAUAUUCUUGGCAUCAUUUGACUCUCCUGUGCUAUCAAGUUUGGCUUCGAAUGUGUUGGAAGUCUUGGUUAUAGUUCCUCAGUCAGAGUUAUACAGAUGGGAGGAAAGGGAGAAGCCCGUGAACAGGUGGUGGCUGUAACAGAACCAGCAGGUGGUCCUUGAACAAUCAGCUUCAUCAAAUGUAUCGGACACCAGAACCAGAAAGCACAAAAUCCAGCAUCCUAGAAACAUCUUGCAAGCUUGGAUUCUGGCAGCCAGACAAGAAGCCCCCAAGGAACCUGCUGUUGGCUUCCACCAACCCUAAACUGGCCAGAGUUACGCCAUCGUUUUCGCUUUGCCAAAGUGGAACUGAAAGACAAAUUAUCCAAAACCAUCCACAAUCUCAGCAUGAAACAAAUCUCUUCAGGAAAAGAUACUACUAGACUUGUCACCUCAAUCAGGGCUGAUUCUCACAACCAUUUCAGCCAACAGCAGCCAUGAGGAAAUGUACUCCCAAGUCUCUUUAGCAGGCAUCAGCAUUUAUCAUCCACCACCCCUUUCACUGGUUCCAGGUUUUUUGGAGUACCUUGUGGAACCAUGCCAAGUCCUCAAUAUUUGUUCACAUUUGCCCACAAAUAAGUCUCAUUGAGCUUAAUGACUCGUGAAAGUAAAAUGUUUUGAAUCAGGCUACCUGUGUGAACUUGCCGAUCGCAUGGUCGGCGGCUCAAAUCCCGGCGGCGGGGUGCACUCCCGUCGUUCGGUCCCAGCUCCUGCCAACCUAGCAGUUCGAAAGCACCCCCGGGUGCAAGUAGAUAAAUAGGGACCGCUUACCAGCGGGAAGGUAAACGGCGUUCCGUGUGCUGCGCUGGCUCGCCAGAUGCAGCUUGUCACGCUGGCCACGUGACCCGGAAGUGUCUGCUAUAGAGUGAGAUGAGCGCACAACCCUAGAGUCUGGCAAGACUGGCCUGUACGGGCAGGGGUACCUUUACCUUUACCUGUGUGAACAGUAGUUGGCAGUAGCAGGCCAGAGGUGGAAUUCAACUAAUGGUGUUAGAUGCACAUGCUGCAAUGAUCCUGAGAAUUUGCCCUCAGAGCAUGGGGGGGGGGGGUGUGGAAUCCUUGGCACCUGUCCCUUUUUGAUUUGCAGGUAUUAAUUAAAAUAUAAGUGGAUUUCAGAAAGCCCAUUUAAAAUACAAUUGGGUAAAAAGCACUGCCCUGCCCCGCAUUCCCCCCCCCCAAAAAAAACCCCUGCCAGAAACCACAACAAAGCCGUGACAAUUUUCUGCUGUUUCUCUAGGUGGGGGGAGAGAAUUUUUUCACAAGUGCUGAGGGUUCUUGCUGCUUACCCUAUUGAGUCUCAUGAGGAAGUAUGGCUGGAAGGGGUGGGGUAAAUAUUGCACUGCUUCCUGCUGACCAAACUUUGUGAAGAGCAACAUGAUGCGAUAUGACUGGGUAUUGGGGCUUUUUUGUUUAGAGAAAACGCGAGAAAGAGGGGACAUGAAAGAAGUGUAUACAAUUAUGUAUGGUACACAGAGAAGUAGACUGAGAGACAUAUCUCUCCCUCUUUCAUAUUAGGACUUGGGGGCAUCCAAUGGAGCUGAAUAUUGGAAGAUUUAGAGUAGGCAAAAGAAAGUACUUCCUCACACAGUGCAUAGUCAAACUGUGGAGUUUCCUCCCGGAAGAGGAAGUGGGAGUCACCAACCUGGAAGGCUUGAAAAGAGGAUUAAUUAGAUUCGUGGAGGAUAAGGCUAAGUAUGGCUACUAGGCAUGGUGGCAAUGUUCUUUCUCCACUCUCAGAAGCCCUUCUGGGAAUCACAGCUGGGGAGAGCGCUGUUGUGCUCAGGUUUUGCUUGUAAACUUUCCACAGGCAUCUGGUUGACCACUGUGAGAACAGGAUGCUGGACAAAUGGGCAUUAUGUUCUUACAUUAUUAUCAUUCCCAAAGUGCUCCUUCCAGCUGGGAAGCUGUGAUGAGAGCCUUGCACAUGAGUUGUGUGGCGCUUUUGUUUAAAGUUUCGAAACCAAGGUGGUGGUGGUGGGGAAUCCCUUGGCCACUUUGGAUGUAUAAUGAGGGCAAUUCUCACUCCCCAAAUACAGUAUGGGGAAAAUAUAUUUCAGGAAGAGUUUCUAUUACUCUCACACACUGAACGAAUGGCUGGAAAAAAAAUCUGUAGCACAUUUUUAAUUUAAAAGCAUCAAGGGGAGUGUUUGCAUGGUUAUAAAAGAAAAGGAAAUAAGUGCUAUCUUAUUUGUUUAUGAUAAGCUAGGGAAAGGUUAUGCAUGCAAUGCCAGCAUUUAGACUUAGGGCCAAAUGAUACAUGAUAUUAUAUGCCACAAAUUCUAAAAGAAUGCACCUGUGUGUGGUGGCAGUGAGACAAGUGUGGCAGGUGUGGACUUUCGCUUCAUAGCCAAAGGGUGUAGUGGCUUGAAUCCUGGGCCUAAGUGUUCAAGCUACUAUAGUACUUCAGAGGCGGAUUUAGGGGAGAAAGCACAACUGGUUUGGUUGCACUGGCGUGGAGCCUCGGGGGUGCCACAACUAUGAUGUAGAAUCGAAAGCAAGAAGUGGGGGUUGGGUGUGCCAAAAUCUGGCAUCACACAAGGAGCUGCUGAAAUGUGAGACCCCAAGUUCCACCCCUGAGCACUUUAGGGUUGCCAUACGUCCCGAAUUUCCUGGACAUUUCCAGAAUACUGCAGUCGGAAGCAAUGUCCGGGCAGAAAUCACUGUAAUGUCCAAGAAAAUCUGAACGUAUGGCAACCCAUGUUGGAAGUGUAGAUUUUGGAUCAACAACUUUUCUGACUUGAAUUUCACUGUUUGAAAUAUGGCAACCCUAACUUCGUGCCCCACUUAUUUCUGUUUGCAGUUUGAAAGGGAGAUGGCUUCCCCACCAACUCUUCCAUCUCAUACCUUCCCAAGCACCCACCUCACUGUUAUGUCCUGAUCAGCGUGAGGAGGACACAGUUACCACAGUACUUCUUCAUUCUACUCAAGCCACGCAAAGGGUGGGAAACCUGUGACCCUCUAGGCAUUGUUGGACUCCACUCUCAUGAGCCCCACCCAGCUUAAUGGCCGGGGGGAUGGGAAAUGUAGUCCAGCAAAUACUGAGAGUGUCACAGGUUAAGGAUGACGUGAAUUUUCUUAGGGGAAAAUAUCAAAUACUUAAAGAGAGAGAGAGAAAACCUCUUGGCAAUUAGCACAUUUCUUGCUAAAUAACAGCAGCAUUGAAAUGUUAUUUCAAAUUGGGAUCAGGUGACAUUUUUUAAUAGUCCCUUCAGUCUGUAAUUCAGAAUGCAUCUCCUCCCAAGUAUUGAUGUGUCACGAGCCGAGUUAUUGAUUUCCCUUAACAAUUUAUUUCAGCCAUCUGGUGUCUUUCAUACAGGUCUACUCUUGUAGAUUCAUAAGACAAGCUGAAUUAAUGAGACAUUCUAUUAAAAAUAAUAAUAACAUAACAACAAUGUGUAUCAUAUAUGUUUAUAUUAAAUAAAAACUGAUAAGCUUUCUCCAGAAAAUAUCCAUUGCAAGCUUUACCUUGCCUAAACCGGCAUUCCCCAAUCUGGUACCCUCUAAAUGCUCCCAACAGUCCCAGCCACCAUAGACAAAAGUCAGCCAUGAUUGGAGCUGGAGUUCAACAGCAUGUGGAGGACCACAGGUAAGGAAAGGCUGGUCUAACUGCAUGCCCUCACUUCUCAGCGAUUCAAUUCAGACAUCCAAUAAAACAAGAAAUCAUAUCAAAGUUUUGAAUCAUGUCAAAGUUCUGUCUCUUCCAGCAUUCUCUCCCACAGUGGUGAGGCAGAUGGCCUUGGAAGUUGACUUCAUAAAGGAGCAAAGGAGGAGGAUGCUCACAGCAACUGUUAGGGCGGAAGGUAGGGAGGUCAAUAGCAGAUGCAGCAAGAGUGGAGCCAACUAAUUCUGGAUUAGUUCUCAUCUUCCUCCCUGUUUAGUUCUAUAAAGGCAACACUGAGGCAGAGGAGGAGCCUGACAGCCAGAGCCAGGUUCAUACAGUGUUUUGUGUGGUGGUUGUUUUUUUGGUUGCUGCAUCACACUUAACUGAUACUAAGUUUGUGGUCUACUGAGACCCUUAGAUUCUCUAAACAUGUACUACUGGCAAGCCAGGCAUUCUCCAUCUUAUCCUUGUGUUGCUGUUUCUUCCUGUGUACAGUAAGUGAAGAACCUUACAUUUGUCCCUAUUGAAAUUCAUUUUGUUAGUUUGGGCCAGUUCUCCAACAUGUUAAGGUCAUCUUGAAUCCCAAUUCUGUCUUCUACAGCACUAACUACCCCUCCCAGUUUGGUGCCAUCUACAAAUCUGAUGAACAUCUCCUCAAUUCCUUCAUCCAAGUCAUUUAUAAAGACAUUGAACAACAAUGGGUCCACAACAGAACCCUGCAGCACCCCACUUGUCACUUUUUUCUAGGUUGUUGAGGAACCAUUAGUGAGUACUCUUGGGUUUGGUCCAUCAAUCAGCCACAAAUCCACCUAACAGUUACUUCAUCCAGCCCACAUCUUACCUGCUCCUCUGAAAUACUAUUAUGGGGGACUUUGUCAAAGUCUUAUUGAAAUCAUGAUACACUAUAUCCACAGCAUUCCCCUGUUUCACCAAGCUUGUAACCAACCAUUUAAUUAUCUGUUCUAGGACCUUUCCCAAUAUUGAUGUCAAGAUGGGGAAAACAUUUGCCUGCCUCCAGUCUGCAGAGACCUCAUAUGUUCUUCAAGAAUUGACCAUGGAUGGGAAAGCUCAGUAA